AUGCCCUUCGGCCAUCGUGUCUCAGUAGGUGUGACCAUCUCUGCUCGCCUGUGUCUGUAUCCCACAACAAAACCCUUGUUAUACUUCACACCAGCAUAUCUGUCGUCUACUGUAGAGGUGGAUCCUGGUCAGUGUCUUAUGUUGGUCCUUUACCAGCCUUGAAUAAAGCCAACCUUUGACCUCAGGUUACUCAUCCCCGUGGGAGAAGGAAAUGUGCCUGUGAGAGGCCCACUCGUGGGCGGUGGAGUGGUUUUAUACACAGACUGGCAUUAUCUACAUCUCCUGCUCCAUUCAAAGGGACAGGGCCACUAAAUAUACCCUGUGAGGCCUUCCCAGGCUCCUCUGGGCUAAGGAGAUGCGGCCGCUACUUGGGCCAUAGGCCAACGACAUGGCUGCCGACCUCCACGGAAAGUAUUUUUAAGGUCAAUUACAGGGUACAGUGUCUUUAGAUGGCCGACUGGUGCUGAGGAGGCCUCAUAUUAAAGGUUUAUGUGGAGAAAAACCAGAGAGGUCUGCCUUAGCUCACCCCAGCUCCCAUUGUUACCACACAGCCACAGAGACAGUGCACCAUGACCGAUUCGUGGGGUGAUGCGUGCAGCGUGCCUGUGUGUGGGUGUCUUCUGAGACAGAGACUGACAUGAAGAGUUUAAAAAAGUCACAAGUCUUUAAAAGUUGGAUUUUUGUAGAGUUGAUCAUAAAUCCCUUAGACAGAAGGGAGUUGUUGGACUUUUCCUGCAGAAAUGCGCUUCAAUUGAAUAUGUUUUCCUCCGUAAAGAGGAUUAUUUAUUGAGCUUGUUAAAUGCAAAAGUCAGCGAAUGACAUUUAUAGGGAAAAUCUUGUGAAUUCUGCACUCAUUUAAGGAUAUGUUGGGGUAAACCACCCUCUGACACAUAUGGGGAUGGAAGCAGAGUCAUUGCAACUAUUUAUAAAUGCCGUUCUACUAAAACACAUUUAACUCAGGUCUCAAAUUAGAUGAGUCACGAGGAUUUACUUAAAGUCUGUGACCUUUUUGCAUUUUGCUUUAAAGGACUGAUAUGGUUUCCUGCAAGCUUAACAUCGCGUCAAGCUUACUCUGCUUAUAAUUAAAGGAAAGCUUCGCAUUUUUCACGGUCUGUCUUGGAGUAACUCUCAAAUGUUGAUCAAAAACAAGAGCUUGAGUUACUAUCUUGUCCCUACUGACCGUGACCGUGCUGAACCUCACAUGAAGGAGGUUCAGCUUUAAGUCCUUUUGAGUAGGAAGUCCCUCUGCUGACGGCAAAGUCCUACUUGAAUCAUAAAACAUUGGUUUUGUGUAUUUUAUAGACUUAGAAAAAGUAGAUCCUGACAUUUUCCAGAUUUGCCUUUCUCACAUAUGUACCUCAUAUUGUGAGAUUGUUGUUGUUAUAAACUGCAUAUGAACUCUGAAAACAUGAAAUGUUUCUUUUUUAAGUGAUGGGGGCACCUAUGUGAAGAGGAGGAGUCAUACUUACCGUAAUAGUUAUUGUUGCUGGCACAGUAUCACUUUAAUAUGUGAGAGGAGAUUUCAACCAGCCUCUCAUUGCUAGACCCACUAGCACACAGAUCCUAUACACUGGACCAGUUAUGAUCCUUAAUUUUGAAGUACAGCAGGGUCUAGCAGCCCAGAUAUGGCUGGUAGCCUGCUUUUUAUCAACUUUUCCCCCUCAUUAUGUCAAAACUGUGCAUUUUCAGCAUUAAAAGUGGCGCACCAUGAAUUUAACACGUUGUAAAGUGUUGAUUUUGUUGAAAAACUUCCCGGUUUUGGACACCAAGUGAAGCGGCAAGAGUGAGCAGUAUUUUUGGCUGCCUCAAGUCGCCCCCAGUGGGUCCCCGCCGUAAGCCUUUACGUAAACAAUCAUGAUUGCAGCUUCCACCACAGGGAGGUCAAUUGAAUCUGCUAUUGCUGCGGUUUUAACAAACUGAGAGAUAUAUUUUCAUGAGGAUGAAAACAAACAACUGCACUUACAGCAUUCAUCCUGUGCCAUACUGGUGACAGGGUUUUCUCUCUCUGCACACCCUGUUGCGCUCUGAUUGGUUGUAGGUCUAUCCAAUCACUUCCAGAGGCACUUUCUCAUGGGGCUUUUCUUGAUGUGCUCACAAUGUGUUAUCCCAAAAAAGCUGUUCUAGACCGGACUCCCAUCUUCAACCACAUGAGUGUAGCACUUUAAAGAAUUUAGCAAGUUACAGUGGUGAAGAUAAACUCCCUUUAACUUGCAGAAACCUUGAGCAGAACCAGACUCAUGUUGGACGGUCAUCUGCUGAGACUGCAUUGGGUUCAGAGAGGGGAUAGAGGGAGAUGGACAGAGGUGAGAUUGAUCCACAUAGUUGGAGCAGCUGGAAAGCAGAUAGGUCCACAGAACAUCUGCGGCAGCAAUCCAGAGGAAUCUACAGCAUGAUGGAGCUCAGGGACUCCCAGAAAAGACUUGGUGUCAGUGACUCUAACGGGACAUGAUAAGGAUGUAGAGAGAGGGAAAGGUGCUCAGUGUGCCAGUAACCCCUCAGUCUCAACCUACAUAGCAUGUGUGAAAUGAUUUAUGUAAUUAAUGUAAUUGUGCCCAUGUGAGUAUUGUCUGAGAUUUACACAAAAAUGUUAACCUUCAAAUUUGAGAAUACCUUCGCACUUAUUAUUACAGUUUCAUAAGUUUGGAGUUAUCUAACCCGCUUCCCAGCAGAGACAGGCUGCACAAUGUCAGACAAGAGCACAUUCUCUGUUUUAAAGCACCGCCACAGACAGAUAAUAAACACAGUGUUACUAACACACUUUGUUGCUCAUUAGAAGGCUUAUCUUAAUCCUCGACUCCCACACAUUCACUCACACUCUCACAUAAGCCCCAUUCUCUCCACACAGGCCACACACACAGACCCACACAGCUGACCAACUCUCAAUAUAAAUGAACAUCAAGCAAGAUGAUUUUGGUCCUUUUCAUGAUUCAUUCCAGCACGUCUCAGGCCAGCCAUAAAUACAGGCCUGUCAAACUGUGUGCUACCCCACAGGGAGGGGAGAGGCGGACGGUACAGUAGACACCAUUCACCUCUCUGUGUGUUUGGACGGGGGCAGAGGGAAGGUUGGAGUUGGUGGCUUUGGUCUCCAUGAAGAGUGAGGUAUUGAUGGGACAAAAGUGAGGCGAGGGAUUGAAAGGCCUGUUUGUGCAGAUGAGGACUCUGUGUUUGGUUUGCUGUGCCUCGGCUACAGUUCAAUGGCAGCUCUAUAUCCAGCCUGCUCUAUUCCAACCCAGACACUUUAAUCAGACAAAAUAAAGGCACCGGAAGAUAGAACCCAAAGAGGAAACAUUGAUAGGUGUUUUAGCGUUUAACUCUAUCACUUUAUCACAGUGAUCCAGGCAUAAAUGACAUUUUGAGUUUGUAACCCUACAAUUAGCUUCACUUCAGCCUGAGACACCAGUCUAGUGAGGUGGAGCAUAGUGAUUAUAUUGUUUUCUGUGUGUGAACAUGAUUUGUAAAAGGUAGUUUUGAAGUCUCACCUCCCUGUCCUGCUCUGUGCCUCACAAAAAGGAUUUGAAAUAAAUCAACUAUAGCAGGUGUCUUUCAGGUAUUUUUUAUUGUUUAUAUGUUUGAACUUUGAUGAGGAGAAAGAUUGUACAGGUGUUUUUUUCUUUUUGCAAGGCAAUUCAUAUGAGAUAAGUUUCAAUUUUCAUAACUCCAAGUAUAAAAAAGUUGUGACGUUGCCUAGGGCUGGGCGAUAACACGAAAAUUUACCGAUACCAAAAUUUACAACAUUAACCGACAUCAGUUGCAUCAUGUCAAUAUAUUCAGUGUCAAAAGAUUAAAAAAAAAAAAAGUUGGUUUUGGAUGCGAGAGGGGGUGAGCAGCUUGUGGAGUAGUUAUUGUCUAUUUAUCGUUAUCGAGGUGAACUGCUCAACAUAUUGUGAUAUUGAUUUGAGGCCAUAUCGCCCAGCCUUAACAGUGUCUAAGAUGUUGAUAAAAACAAAAUGUAAUGGUUCCCAAAUACUUUGAAGCCUAUGGACAACAUCAGACAACAUACUUACUUCUAAUGGGUGGCGAAUCAAGAAGGUAGGCAGGCCAGUUUACCACCUGGACUCUUGUACUACGGAGCCAUGCUGUUGUGAUACCAGGAAAAUGUGUUAUGGUAUUGACUUGCUCAAAUAUGCAAGGUCUUACCUGAAAAAGACAUUUUCUGGGUGGUCCAAAAACUUCAUAUAUUUCACAGCAUUAAUGUUGCCUUCCCAGAUGUGUAAACUAACCAUGCCAUUGGAGCGUAUGCAUCCCAGUACCAUCACAAAUGCUGGCUUUUAAACAAUGCACUGAUAACAUGCUGGGUGGUUCCACUCCUCUCUAGUGCUUCCAAAAAGAAUGUCAAAUCUUGCUUUGUUAGACCACAGGCCAGUUUUCCACUGUGCUUAAGUCCCCCUUCUUACCAUUACAAACCCUGGAUGUUGAACGGUGCGCUGAUAACAAGCCAGGUUGUCCCUCUCCUCUUUGAAGGAGGAAGAAGUGUCUGCUACUUUUAAAAGUUCAAUACAGAACAGUUCACCUCUUCACCUCAGUCAAUCUUAAAUGAGAAAAGUUGCAAGUGUUUCUGGAUCGUGUCUUUCUGAGGCUUUCUCUCUGCAUGGUAACCUGCAUUUUUGAGUGCUGCAAUGAACUGGGUUCAAAAAGUUUGAGGAAGUGACUUUGAUCCCAUGCAGUAAUUUCCAUGACAGAGUCAAGUCUGUCUCUAAUGCAGUGCUGCCCGAGGGCCCAAAGAUCACAGUCAUCCAGUAUCAUUUCUGAGCUUUGUCAGAUUUCUCCAGAUUCUCUUAAUCUUUGAAUGAUUUUAUGGACCGCAGAAAGUAUGAAAUAUGAAAAAAUCAAUUCUUUGCAGCCUCUCAUAGAAUGGUGAACCUCUUCCCAUCUUUACCUCUGUGAGGCUCAGAGUCUGAUUUUUUUUUCUUUUAACCCAGUCAUGCUACAAACCUUUUGUGCAUUAACCUCAUUAGUUGGGAGAUGGUCCUUUGAGUGUGUUUUCGAAAACUGAAGAACUUUCUAGUUCUUUUCUUUCUAGUUUUAAACUUCGAAAGAGCUUGUAAUUUUCAUGAGUUUCAACAUCUCAUGUGUUGCCUUUGCGCCAAUUUCUAUUAAACACAGAGUUCAGCUUCAAUCACAUAUUUGCAGCAAAUGUUUGAAGUUAUUUUGGCAGCACUGUCUUAAACAUGCCCGGAGAUGUACUAAUCUGAGUCUGCCCUGACCUUGUUAAGCAGAGUGGAUAUUGGCCAGGAUGAGACGGAUCCAUGUUCAAGACAUCAAGUAAUAACAAUCAGCACUUGCCCUAAUGAAAUUCAGAGCUAGUCAGAUGUAAUUUAGCCACAGUCUGCUGCCAAACCACACAGUGAGACACAAAACGAUCAUUGUAAUGAAGCUUCCCUUGGUAUUGGCAGAUAUCCAGAGUUGAAGUCGUACACAUCAGAAUCUGGAGAGAAAAAGCAGAACUAAUGACUACCUGAAAAUGAUUGACUAAUCCUAACCAAUUUUUUACAAGCCUUUAAUUUUCAAGAACACUUUUCUUUUAUUCUUCACUGAACUGUAAUUGUAAUUUGCAGAAGACCAAGUCUGCCAGUGCUUCUCCAACAGCUCCAGGCACCUGGUUAGGGUCCUUCCUUAAACUCUUCCUCUUUCACCUCUAACCUCCUGGGUCCCACCUCAGCCCUUCCCCAGUUCAAACCCCCACACCCUAUCUCCCUGGGAACAUCAUCACUCCCGGUCCACAUGGCGGGGCGAGUACACAUCGCCAAGCUGCUAAGUCUACACUGGCUGGGGUGCCCCCUGUUUGCCCCGGGGGAGAGCAUGUGUUCGUGGCUGCUGGGCUCCCUGGGUCAGAAAUGGCACACCAGGGUGUGAUGGGCUGUGCUCUACUGGUCAUGGCCAUUGUAGGUGUGAAAUUCCCAGUGCUCAGACUGGACACUCAGCCCUGCAGUACCAGAGCCUAGAAGCUGCACAGACAGAGGGAGGGGAUGGAUGUGUUAGACCUUUUUGUCAGCUACCAUCACUGGUGUCUGAGGUGAAACCCACUGUCUCAUUUUUGUAGGGCACCUUUCUUGUCUGAGUGCACAGACUUGCUAUUCACAGGAAGAAUCAGUCCUUGUUUGUGUAAAAUUCUGUGUAAACCUUCUGGAGAGACUUUGUGUAACUGCUUUCACUGAACAUUUCAAGUCUCCAUCCAUCAGCUCAGUCUAAACCAGUUGUCUUACAGAGAGGUGCAGGGGGAACAACUGAACUGGGGCAUCAUUAAAGCCCAGAAUGACCACUUUAUACCCCCACUCAAUUUUGUAACAUUUUGUAUUGUACUCCACUUGCUCUAAUAUCAUAAAACGACAUGCAUCUGAAACAAAUAUCAUUUAAAACAGUCCUGAGGUGUGCAUUUUAGCAGCUAUGAGCGUUUUCAUGAAGUUUAAUGAAAGUGGCUUCAUUGCCGCCUGAAAACUAUUACUCCAUGUGUGCUUCAGCAGCACAAAAUAUUGCACACAGCCAGGCUUUAAUACUUGGUCCCACUGUCCUCUUAUAGCUGCAUUGAUUUAUCAUUUUGUUCAAGUACAGAAUUAGUUCUUAAAUAUUUUCCUCGUUUGCAUUUUCCAGCGGUGGCCAAACUUCUGCAAAGACAUGUGGAAGAUUAAUAUCAGAAUCUUUCCCUUCACUCCUAUAUUUAUCUUUAUGGGAUUAUAUUUAGUCGUAAGUGUACAGUAGCUCACUGAAUGUUUUCCUUCACGAUGCCUCCAAUAAUUCUCAGUUUAAUUAGUUUUUGGCCCAGGUGUUAGUCCCUGAGGGGAGGUCAGAGUACUCUAAUGUCAUUAAAACACUUUAUAUGUUUAGAAUUGGAGUUUUAUGUGACUUUUCUUGCAGAGAGAGAGAGAGAGAGAGAGAGCUCUUAGACAGUUUGGAGGUACGGUAUAAAACUUUGAGUUUUCAGCCGUAGUUUGAACUAACAGCUUAUUUAGACUAGUAUAAUACAAGCCAUCGGUGUUUGAUACGCACAGGCCUCUAGGCUGCGUUCAAGCAAUGUCUACAUUCAUCCUGAAUAUGCCGACGUGGUCACAGUCUCAGUCACUCUGAUGUAUCUCACAGAGGUUUUCUGUGUUAAAAACACAUAAAAUCCCCUCUUUUUGCUUUUGCCUCCACUCUGUUUUCAAUUCAGGUCGUUAAGAGUGAAAUUUAGAUUUCACAACAACCUUUGAUUGAAUCCCGGAAUCUAUGUAUGUACCACAUAAAGCUUAAAUCCUGUUGUAUGUUAUUGUUCCUGUUAUGCUCCUCGGUUGACAUGCAUGAACAUGUGAUCCCACCGCAAACUAUUCUUGGAGUUAUUGGCGAAUGAGACGUCUUGUACUAUAAUACAGUACUCCCCUUUGGCCCGUUCUGCGUUGGUUGUUUUGCCAAACGUGUGUGAUGCCUGACAGCCAGACCUUUUUCCUGUGGCUUUUGAAAUCCAAUCACAGAUGCAGCCUGUUUUAGUUUUUCUGUAAAGCUUUUCUGUUCUGUGGAGUUCCUGUAAGACCAUGGUUUUCAAGCACCAGAACUGCUCCCAUAAAAAAAGGGAGCUCUGUCAGAUUUUCUAACAUGUUACAGUCUCUCUCAUUAAAGCCUCAAAAGUGCUGAUUGAAGAAUUUGGUUUGUGAUAAGCAGGUUUAUACACCAAGCAGACAGCAGAUAGACUUCUCAAUAAAUGUGGGAAGAUUUGCUCCCAAAAAAAAUAAAAAUUGAAAUAAGAAUAAAGAAAGAACAAUAAUCCCAGGAUUUUACCCAGGAGGUACAAAGGGUCAUCUUUGUUAAACAGGAGCAGAUAGCAAGGAGUCAAAGCCUGUAAAUGGACUGUACAUACAUUACAGCUCAACUCAGCCCCUAGUGGCUGGAUGGAGUAUUGUAUCCUUCCAGUCACUUCAAAAGCAGUCCCUAAUCCCAGUUUAAGAUCCUGCAGCUCAGUCACAUCCUUUUAGCUGCAAAGUGUGACCUAAAGUCUGUCAUUACUGUUUUAAUUUUCCUCAUUUUACGGCCACUUUGAGUCAUUUUGAUGUGCUUACUAUGGUUGAGAUAAUGACAAUACUUGAUGACAAAGUCGACAGUAAACAAACAACAGCUUUAGAUGGCGGAUUAGCCUUUUCAUAGUCUGUAAAGCCCGGGAUUAGAGGCAUAAAACAGCAGAGAGGCGAUGUCCGUGUUUCUGGUUUUGAAGGAUUACUGUUUCUUUGCCAUAAAGCACUCUGAAAUAAGUUUGUCUCCUUUUAUUUUGCUGUCAAAGCUCGACAAACCCCACUUCAGCAGUCUCACAGGCAACCCCAGGCCUGCACUUUCACAACCUGCAAUGAAGGCAGCCCAUAACUUUAAGUACUGUUUUGUAGACCCGUUUAAAUUUGACACUAUUCUGCCAUGGAGAGGGUAGGUGUUAAUGCUGGUGUGAGAGAUUGCCAGAGAUCAGUAUAAUCCCUGCUUACCUCAUCAUGUGCUGCCAAAAUACUUGCUGCCUUUUUAUGCAGACUUUAAGCUUCUUUUGUUGCUCUAUGUGAUCUUUUGAAUCCCCCCUUUUUCCAGUUGUUGUAUACAUCAUUUGCAGUUCUUCUUGCCUUUUUUGCUUCAGAAAGCAGUGCUAGAUUUAGGUCUUCAUUUCAGUGCUGUCUUUUUGUUGAAAGUAUCUGAAUGCAAUGAAGGCUCUCCUGCUGUUGUGUCAAAUUCUAAACCAGCAGAAUUUAUCUGCAAUAUGAAAAUGGAAAUACUUUUUUUUGCUCUGAAGUGUCACAAACACUCAGUGUAGUUUAACUCCAGUGGACGCAUAGCUGUAAGUUGUUUAUAAAACACAACACUGUGUCUGUUUUUCUCUCAAGUUGGCUGAAUUCUCUCUUGUCAACACAUUUUUCUUAAUCACAAGUUGAUCCGCAACUCCAACUGCACUUUAUUUACGCUUCUUUUGUGUCUCCAUGCACCUCUCCGUCUGUGCCAUGGCCUGGUUUAGACAGUCAGACUUGGCAGGGUUAGGUUUGUGUAUAUGUGGUGGCACUGGGGGCAGGGUGCAGAGCUUGCUUGCCUGGGUUAAGUGUACCCAGCCCCUCAUAAUUACAGACAGUAAACAGCUAGUGCUUUUGGGCCUAUUUUCCCUGUUGAAUGGGGAGAGAGAGUUCACUUUGGCAGGAGAAGAAAAAAGCAGAGAGGAUGACCGUGGAGGGGGCAGACAGUGAGAAGAUGGACAAAAACUGUCAUCCUCAUUUUGAGUGGUGUUAUUGAAAUGUUGGUGACACUUAGAAACUGGUUCAGGCACAUAAACAUGGAGACAGACAUUACCCCCAUCCCCAGAAGCCAACACACACACACACACACGCUGCGGUACUCUUCCUCUUCAGUUUUUGGUGUGAUCAUUCUCACACCAAAAAUUAAAAGUUCCAUGAUGCUCUGGAUAUGUACAUCUCUCUUCUUUUUUUGUCCUCUUAAACUGUCAAAUUGAUCUCUCUUAAACGGUCUUGCUCUGUGUCUCUCCAGGAGUGUGUCUCUGUUUUUAUUUCCAUCUGCCUGCCUGCCUGCCUGGCUUCAUCCUCUCUUCCUCUCCUCUCUUGGUCCAAAUUUAAUUCUCAUGCUGCUGCUCUCCCUCUUUGUUUUAUUUCAUACUCAUUUAACACCCACACACGCACUUGGCCUUCAUUUUUACUUGUUGCUCUUUAAAGUCAUUCUCUGGCAAAUCUGUUUCACUGAAAUGGAUCCAGAGCAAAGUACUCCAGGUACAUCUUCAAAACAAACAAAUAAAAGUUAGUGAAUACAAUCCAAAUGCUCAUAUACCAUCUUCAUCUCCUCUCUGGUCUUUCUCUCUCUUUCUCUCUCUCUCUCUCUCUCUUUUCCUCUUUGCACUGCACACCGCUGGCAGCAGCUAGGAUGGGAGGUUUUCUUUGGCAGUCCGCUCCCCCUCUCUUGGCCGGGACAGCCUCAUGCUACUGGCUGAGAGUGUGGAAGUGAAGCAGGGUAGUGAAGUAGGAGGGGAGGGAGGGAGGGAGGCUGGAAGGGUGGAGGCGUGGUCUACAGCUGGUAAUGAAGUCUUCUCUUUUCAUCCUCAGAAGGCAGAGUGUGAGCAGACGGGCCUGGGGUCUGUGAGGCUCCGCUGCUUUCUCUGUCUGUAAAGUUGUGCCGAGUCGAGCUGUGCUGUGCCGAACUGCGCUGAGUUGUGUGUGUCUCAGACCCGCACAGCUGAGAGAUACAAAGAGACUGUAAGAGAGAGAGAGAGAGACAGAGAGAGAGAGAGAGAGCGCCACAGUCAUGAGGCUUUCCUUUCUACAGGCUCCACAGCAUUACUCCUGAGGUAAGACUCUACACACUGUCUCACUCUCACUGCUCCCCUUAACUGUCUGUCUGUUCCUGCUGAUUGUUGUGGUGGGGGGGUGGAGGGAAGGGGAGGGGUGGGGGUAAUGGAGGGCUGUCCAGUCUAAGUCCCUCCCACUUCACAUGCACGCUCAUACAGUAUGUGCAGUGAUAGGUAGGUGUGCAUAGAAGCAUGUGGGAGCAUGCACUCAUAGAUAUAUUGUUUGUGUAUGAGUGUGUCUGCACACACUUCCUGCACUGUUGCCAUGUCAACACAGACUGAGUCAGUGUGCUCUGAAAGGUUUAUGUUAAUGGUGACAAAUGGUUCCUACUGGUCAGGCGAGGAAGAGGGAUGUAGGAUGGGAACUUCAGGAGCAGUUUCCAGAAAGUUCAUUUUGAAGACACUUGAGAUCUUUUUUUACUAAAGUUGCUGUUUUCAGUCAAUAUAAUGUGACUCUUUUGACUUUUAUUGUGGGUCUGGGGUUUGCUAUCAUGUUAAACAGCCAUGGAGUGAAACUUCAAUGAGCUGUUUAAUGCUGAACAGGGCAGUCUCCCAGCACCUGAGUGUGUGUAUGCGUGUGGCCACGUGCAGAGAUGUUUAUUUGCUCAGUUGAUUGCUGUUUAAGGCAGAUGGAGGCAACAGGCUAUUGGGGCUCAUCUUUGUAAAUAACAAAGGAACAGGAGGAACAGUCUGCGCUCAUCUGCAGCCCAGUGACACCAGGCUUUGAAGUGAUUUCAGUGGAUCUGUCCUCCUCCCCGCUGGGCAAUUCAGAUCCGGCCUGCGACUCGCUCACUUUCAUCCACAUUCCCUUGGAAAUCCAUCCAUCUGUAUUCCUUCACUCACCUCCUUCCUGCUCUCAUUCACCCCAUGAGUUCUUGCACCCUGGUACCCCUCGAAGAGGCCUGUACCUCCCAUCAACGCCUCCUGCAUUCUCACAGUCAAUAUUCCUAUGGUUUUAUUCUCCAUCCACACUAGCAGGACUCACUUUUAGGGAGCAGGUCUUUCCGAUACCUCUCCCGGAAAAAAAAAAAAAAAAAACCUAAGCGACUUUCCAUUAGUUUUUCUUCUGGGCCAUGAGAAUUAUGGUUUCCCAAAUGAAUAGUGUACAGGAGCCGGGCUUAAUUGAAAAAACACAAGCUAUGGUCUGCCAUGAAGGAGACGGUCCUUGUGUCACUGUUGAACUGUUCGAAUGUACUUUCCAGAGCUGGCGAGGGGGAGAGGAGGAGAGAGAGAGGGAGGAAAAUACAAAAAAAAAGAAGAAUGAGAUAGAGGGGGGAAGGAAGACUGGGAGAAAUGAAGUUAUGAAAUGAAAGUGUGGAAAAUCAAACGCAAUGAUUGAAAACAUUGGAGGUGAAUGAAGAGGAGAAACAGAAAAAAAAACACAGUGGUGCCAUGUGUGAGAUUCCAGCUUAGCUUCAUCUGGUGUGUCAGUUAGGACAGUGUGUGUCAAAGGGGAUUUUUAGGAGGACAGAAAGACAGAAGAGGUCAUCAUGAGACUUUCCUAGUCAGAGUACCAAUUAAAAUCUCCGUCAAACCCACCUGAUUGCAGUCCAGCUGACAGCAGCAACUCUCCCAUGAUUCCUCCAACAGGGAGUCAUCAUAACAUUUCACCCCACUGAAGCACUCUGCUCAGCUGUGAGUGUGUCUCUACUGUAAACAGACCACCACUGAGAAAUAGGGGAAGUGCGUUUCCAUGGAAACAUGACUAGUUGUAUCCUAUCAAUAACUGUCUCAUUAUCUUUUAUUGUGUCUGCUGUCUUAGCUGUCUCCCCCCUCCUCCGUCUCUCUCCCCCGCCCCCUCUGCUGUGUUUAUGUGACAUGUUUGUGUGGUAACCCCAUAUGGUGAUGAUUGAGACCCUGUCAUUGGUUCAGAUGGCACAUUUGUCACACACAUGUUUGCCUGCCGCUGCUGUUGCUAGGGGCUCGCGAGGCCGCGGAGGGAAAGCAUCUCUUGUUGACUUCCUCACUGGGUGGCUCAUUUGUUUGUCGGAGCAGUGUGACCCCUGACCCCCGCCACCACCUCCUGCCUCUCACAUCGCCCGUUAAUGUUACUCUAGACUCCCUGACAGCACAAACACACCCACCGCCCCCGACUCUUCCUCCAUCAGGCUCAUGCAUGAUUACCAAAGAGAGAAGUAUGGAAAGAUCAACACUUGAAACAGUAGGUCUUAGUGAGAGGAAGCCUUCGAAGAGAAACUCCACGGGGAUGCUGGGAUGAAAAAGCAGGCAGGAUGACUUCACUGUAACCGGAAAGUGUGUGUGGAGAUGCGUGUGUGGACAGAAAGAUGACCUCGGGAAGUCUGAUUCAACCCUCUGGGGAGAGAAACUUUUCUUUUCAUGAUUAAUACAUUUGCAUUUUCAUCUUAGCCCACUUAAGACUCUUAGUCAUACCCCCCCAGGCGGCUGCUGUGACUGUGAGACUUUGCAUGCUAAAUGCUGGGUCUUGUUUAGUGUCUAAAAGCCUUUAUAAUAACCAUACUGCGGUUUGCAUGGUGGGCACACAGCAGACAAGUCACCAAUGUUACAUAAGACCAGAGAGGUUUUUCUCCCCAUAAUUCCCAUGUUGAGUGAUACGGUCAUGACCUCUGACCCCCGUGCUUCCCUCCUGACAGGCCUGAGCUGACUUUCAUUAGGCUUCAAUAGUGAAAGCUGAACAGAGAGCUCAACCUCAACAUGAACUGUCAGUGGUUUAAUCUGCCCCUCAUCGCCUGUGACAUGGUGUUGAAUGACUUCUUGAGAUAUAUAUAGAUGGAUGAUGAUGAGUAAAAGCAUCUGAAUGCUUAAAUGAUUUGAUUUUUGGCUGUUCUCCAGAAACUAUUGGUACCAGCUUGUCUCAGAUGUCAAGUUUCAUAAUGAAAAUGCAAAACUGAGGAGCAGUCACUAAACAGUGCAGACUCAGCAGAGUGGAGCCCGUAGAAAUCCAAUCCAGUGUAAUCAGUGAUUGAUGAGGAAUCAUGCAAGUGUGUGAAUACUUCAUUCUGAUUGGUCAAAAACCUUGACAGUGGUUAUUAAUUCAGGGUAGCAAGAGCAGUGCCAGGAACUGAAAGGAGUACCAGCACAAUCCAGCAAAAAGCUGAUUUCCAUCAACAUCAGAUUUGAAAACAAUGUGGCAAACAGCACACAUAUCCUAGGCCUGAUUUUAGAUCUUGUCCUGCAAUCAGAGCUGGUGAGAGAAAUAACUUAAAACCAUGAGGUGAGUGAUAAAAUCAACAGUGUAUGCCUCAUUUCUCAAGUUGUUGAUAUAAUCAUUUCAAAGCAAUAACAUCACCUUUAAAGCUCCUGUGAGGAGUUAUUAAAGCGGCCAUGAAACAGUCUGGAUUUGACAGUGAUGCCUCCCUGUGAUCGAAAAAUGCAAAUAAGAUCGCUCAUAAAAAGAUUGACAAUUUCUAUGCGGUAACUUUUAUAUGCCUGUAGACACUGCAAGAGGGUAGGAGUUAUACAAUGUUAUGUACAGCACGACAAAGAGCACCCAAGACAGAGAGAUUCAGGCCCCUGCAGGCUUAGCGGUCUGUGUAGUGUAUGCGAAGCCGGUUAUACGUCAUGUCGCUGGCCCAUGGCCUUGCUUGCAUGUCACUCCUCAGUCAAUUUGUUUGGUUGGUAUCUGGGCAUAAAUGGGGUAAUGUACAGGGAGAAAGUUGAGACAAAAACCCUCUGCUCUGUUCGGGUCCUCCCCCCCCUGCGUAGAUAAUUCUGUAACCUUCUUUACGAAUGGAUUUAAAUGAUGAAGAUACUAAACCAUACAAAAGCUUAUACUGGCUAAAACCUACUGUCUAUUUUCUCUGGGAACUAAAGACCUAGUCACAAAAAGGAAUGUGAAGUAUCUCCUGUGAAUGACACUCCUGUCUCGAAACCUAUGAAUUAGAAGAGGAACAGCCUGGAUUGAAUCAGAAGCAGCAUCAGCACAGGCAGAUUAAGGAGAGGAAUAUUGUCCUUACUUGGUCAUGACUGUCCUCAUCAGGUUUUUGUGAGAUUUAAAUUUCAACAAACAGGUUCCCAGACUUCCAGUUUUGACAUUUUAUCAUGAAGAAAAACUCUCCUCUUCUCAAUGUUGGAUCAUAAUUGUGUCUGGAUUGAGAAAAAUGGCUUUCCUGUGCAUUCCUUCGCUUUCCUUUUGUGAACUGUCACUGUCAGGGGUGGCAAAUGUCUCUAUGUAAUUUGUAUACACAGAUGACAUGUUUGUCAUUAAUCAUAUUGCCCUUUUGUCAAUGUUAACUCCUUUUCAUGCAUUUUCUACUUCAAGCUUGGCAGCAAGUUGAACUACAUGAGCUGCAGGCCUCUUGUCUGUUUCAGUUUCUUCACCCAGCUCUUUUUAACGGAGCCAGGAGGCUUCCAGAGCACCUGCUUGCUUUCAGCUUGAAUUAUCUCAUCUUACUUUGAAGGGUUUUUUAAAUAAGAAGCUGCAUUAGACUCAGCCAUUAUUUUGUCCUCCAUCUCCUUGUAGUGCCCCCUACAGCUUGUGUUGAACUUUCUGACUGUUCAUUUAACCCACGUUUGUAAUCCAGCCAGAAAAUACAGUUUGAGAGACCAGGCCUGUCUGACUGUGCAGCCUCAGCACAGAGGAAGUAAAAACAGAUAAGUUAUGGCAGAGGAGAUUCCCUCAGGUUCUAUCAUUUCUGCUUUUUUCCCCCCGCCUCCUCUUUCUCCUCCUUAUCUGAGUCCUCCUCUUAAAACAGGACACAUUCAGCAUAGUUUCCACCCUACUGUACGUCUCCAUUUGUCAGGUCACACCUUCAUCCCAAAGAGCUCCCUCAGCUCCCACACAGAUCCCCUCAUAGAUUGAUGUCUGUGUGUGUUUUUACGCACACCUAUGCGUUUGUGUGUUGUUGCAUUCAUUUUUUGCAUUCUUGACUUUUAGUUAAUGCGUCUCUGUCAGACUGUGGAGAGUUUACUGCGUGUCCGCUGACAAAUAACGGUCGGAUCAGCCGUCAUGUGUUUAUUAGACACUUUAUCCAACAGGCAGAAAAUUGGCCUGAAUAUUUGCCUGCUCGUCUGCUCCUUCGGCUGCCUGAACGUAGACCCAGCAGCUCUGAUUGCUUCUGACAGUGACAACAAGAACAGGCUGCCCAAGAAGACUUUGUGAAGACCUCCUCCUGCAUCUGCACAGACAAGUCAGAAGAAUGAGCCAAAUCAAACAAGGAAUGGAUUUUCUCUGUGAAGGUCUUCGUGAACUUUUUGGAACUUGAAGGUUUUUCCUGUUUAACCUUACAAGUGUCACUGUUGGCGGUCGUCUGGAGGAAUUGAAUGACGUAAUACUCAGGUAUUACACAAGGAGAGGCAGGAGUGUUUCCCAUUUUAGCUCCAUCUUCAGUUUGACUCUGCAGUUGUGACGACAUCAGCUCUUUUUUCUUUUUUUUCUUUCUUUUUUUUGAGGGGGUUUGAGGGGGAAUCACCAGUAAAUUACAGCUCAGGCACAUCCUCAGACAUAUUGGCCGGGGUCCUAAAGCUAAACAACUUUAGGAGCGUUUUCCCUUUCUCAACCUCUUUUCCGCUACAUUCCUGCUCUUCCCCUACUCACUCCUGCGUUUCGCUCCAGAUGUGGCAUUGUUUGGACACAUUUGUUUUGGGCUUGGGCCGAUAGACCUGCGUGGAGUCUGAUGUCAUGCUCUAUUUAAAGAGAGCGCUAUGAGAACUGGCUGGAAAGGAGAGCGCUGUGGUCUCACAUCAAAGCUCGUGUAUAGGACUACUGAUGACUGUCAUCCGUGGCACCGCAAUCUGUGUCAUGGACAGAUGACCACAUUCAUUUGAAGUGUUGACAGACGUGUCGUUUUGAAAAGGUUCAAAGAGAAGGCAGCACAUUUUACAAAAGCCAGACUAUUGGAUUUUUUUUAAUACAUAUAUAUGUAUCUGACAUAACUUGCUGCUAAUUCUGUUGUUAUCGCAGUUUUUGUGUUACUUGAAGGCAUCUGCCAAUCACACAGAGAGACAACGCCGAGGUUUCUUUGAAGCUUGCACUACAGCUGCUUUCGGUGGAUGAAAUGGAUGAAACGAAAAGAUGCUGUCCUCAACUGAACCAACAAACAUGUUGAGAUUUUUAUGGGUCAGAGGAGUCACAUGCUGUUCAAACUUUCAUGCCUUUCUAAUUAGCCCUGUCAGUCUAUAAACCUGGCACCUCAUGCCAUUAAAGAAUGGGAUAAUGAAUCAGUCUUUCGGUCUGUCUCUCUUUGUUUAUGGUGGAGGUAUACUGUAAGUUUCAGGUGUCAUUCCUUUAGGACGGUCAGAAAUAGCUCGGUUUCUUCACAAGAGGAGGCUUGGUGGAUUUUUUCCUCGAUGACUGAGCUUAUUGUGUCUUCUUAUUGAAACUGUCAGCACAGUGGAGAGUCAGCAGCAGCUGACUAUCAGGCUCCACUGUCAGAUUCCCCAUGAGAGCUCUGCCUUCAGCACUGUUUGGCCGUCAAACACACAUUUAUUUGCCAGGUCCUCUCUAGUGUCCCCCGGUUCAAACAGCUCGGCGCUCGAACCCUGCUGAAUAUUUCCGGUUCAAACGGGCAUGUUUGCUGUAUCUCCAUCCUUAACUGUCGACUCUCCUCGCUCCAUCCUCAGUGUUUGCUCAGGGAGUUCACAGUGGCUUCUUGCCCCUUCAGGAGUUGAAAGCUGGAAUGACAUGAAGUGUUAGCAGACGAUGGGCGUAUUUCCAUUCAAUCGUGUCCGCACACACACACACACACAAGAGCAGACUUAGAGAAAGAGAAAGCAGCCUUUGGACAAUAUAGACAUCAGACAGUCUCCUCUUAUAUGUGUCCUCUCAGUGACCUAGAUCACGACGCAUCAGUGCAGGAGGCCCUCAUCCUGACAAUGCUUUGCAUCUCACAGUUGUUUUUUAAAGCAUUGUUGCUCUCAGGCGCCGGCGUUUUGGGGGUGCAGAUUCUUUCAGUUCGAAGGUGAACCUGUCAACUUAUAAAAACAGGCUCGAGUGUUUUUAAAAGCACUGCUUGUCUCACCUGUGUGGAAUGACGGCCCCUAAAAUCCAGGUGAGCAUUCAUUCAGUCUGGUUUUUCGCCAAAGCUCUACCUGGUUUAUGUAUUUGUUUUAGGAGGACUCCUCCAAACAACUCGGCGGAUUGCAGAUUGAGUCGUUCCACUUUGCAGCACACAUAUAAUUCUGCGGCUGUAUUUGAGAGUUGUUAUUUAUAAAUGCAGAUGUUUGAGCAGCAGAAUGUGGAUCUCUCUCUCUCUCUUUCCCUCUCUCUCUCUCUCUCUUUCUCUGUCUCUCUUUAUUUCUCUCUUAAACUUCAGUUCACUGCAGUGCAAUGCCACUGUGGUCAACUUCAAAGACUUGGACGCAGACAUGUUUACGCUCCAGCAUGCGCAGACAUGCAAACAGACUUUUGGAUAAUUUAUACCUACUCUCAUAUGAGAACAUAAACAAAAAGAUGAAAUUUGGAGGAUUCUCCAGAAAGUGUGUGUCCUGUCUUUUAAACUCUCUCUCUCUCUCUCUCUCUCUCUCUCUCUCUCUCUCUCUCUCUCUCUCUCUCUCUCUCUCUCACACACACACUCACAUUCUCCGGCCGCAGUCCAGCGCAGCACUCAGUGUUUCCUGCAGCUGUAUGGGCCGACAUUACGCACAGUGAAAGCAUAACAGUUCAGCCGCGGGGUCAGAAGGUCAAGCACAUUUAGGUGAUCAGCGCUUCCGCUCCAGAUUCUGUUUAUGACUCCGUGUAUACACACCAUGCAGCCUGUCAGACAACUGUAUACACCCCACACCCAGCCUCAAGCUCACACAGCUGGCACAGCCAAACAUUCACAGAGUCUGUCAUAGAGGAGGGGGAGGGUAUGUGUGUGUGGGUGUGUAGGAGUGUGUGAGCUCUCUCAGUUUUCAAGAAUCUUUAAACAGCAACAUGCCAACACAAAUGCGUGCAUCUACAAAUAUAAGAUAAGACUGUGUGGGAAAGUGAGCUCAAACAAUUAAUGUUGUCGGCAAAUUUAGCCAGAGUGAAUUGGAUUCAUUAAUUUUUGGCCAAAUGAACCGUCUGAUUGCGCCAUAUUUUUCCAGUCAGUGCCAGAAGCUCCUUAGACAUCUCUCUUUCUCUCUAUCUUGAGCCACAACAGCCUGAACCUCUUCAAAAAAAAAUACCUCUUGCAUCCAUUUAUCUGCUUUCACAUAAAACUGAUUGGGAACAGAGAACAGAGAGAAAGAGCAGCAGCUCUGACUCAGACUGUGCAGGAAGGAUGCUAUUUGUUCACACAAACUGUCUAAAUGCGAAACACGUUUUUUUUUCAAGGGUAAUACACUCGUGUUUUAUAGGGCCGAAACAGGUGGCUCAGCUGUAGAAAUAGGAGGUGAAGUGGCGGGGUGGAGUAAUGACAAACUUCAGUCUGAAUUAAAGUUAAACAUUGUCAUUUGAGGGGAGUGUCAGACUGGCUGAAAUCUACCUUUAAUUUGGUGUAUUUUUGUAUUAUUCAGUUUUGCACUUUUAUCCCCUUUUCUGAAAGAUUUAAAUCAGAAUCAGGUCACUGUCACCGUCAACUUUAGCCGAGCUGUAAAUAAAAUUCUCUGAUCAUUUCUCUGAGAAAACAAAAUCACAUUUUCACCUAAAAACAACCCCAGGGGCCAUUUUUAACUCCCUGUAACUGUGGCAGCAUCUUGAAGCCAUUUGACUUGAAGGACUUUGCAGACUAGUCACCUCUAUCAACACAGCUGACUGACAGUAUGUGUGAGAGCAUUCAUGUUUGUUAGUGUGUAGGUUUGUUUGUGUGUGUGUGUGCGCAGCCUUGCAUACACAAACACACCUCCAUGUGUUUUUGUUCAAUCGGCCCCUUGUGGUUCUUCAUGGCUAUCUGCUGGUUUUAUCUCUGCAGUAAAAAGUAAAAAAGCCGGUGCCCACCCCUCUCGGUCGAGCCUCAGCACAGUAGUGUAUAUCUCAUUUCCGUGUUUGCAUGUUGCGCUUAAACUGCCGUGGAGAAGAAAGAGAUUUGUUAUACGAACCAUGUGUGACGGCUGACGCAGAUGGGAGAGGUUAAAGCAGCGGUGAUCUCCAAGAGAGCAGCCUCAUCCGCCAAUCUGGGUCAGUCUGCAUCUGAUGUCAGACGGGAGAUUGACAGUCUGAGAUGCUAUCAACGCUGAGACAGUCACUGAGGCCGAAAAUCACCACUGAUAACAGAGAUGGGUCUGUUUCUAAUCUGGGUUAGCCCCCUAGUUUACCCUCAAGGCCAGGACUGCAAGUGAACAUUUGAUAAAACAGCAGCAAACAACAUUUCAAACUAAGCACUUCCAAUUUGCUCUGUAAAAUCGCUCUUUUUAAAAAAGGACUUCUUGCUAAAGCCUCCGUCUUUAUCCACAUGCACUGAGUGGGCUUGUGCAGCUGUGCUAAACUAACACAGCUUCUCCCCGUGAGCCACAGUAGUUUUACAAGUAAAUACAACAAACACAGAUAGUGCACCGUGGAGGCGGAUGUAUUCACAGAUUAUGGGAGUGAUCCUCUCGCAGUGAGCUAACAAUGGCCUCAUCAGCGUGAGGUGCAACGCUGCGCUGGGUUGUCUUCAGUGUUUAUUUUGCCCUGGGAAGGCUGUCUUGUUACAUGUUAACACAGUAUUAAAUCAUUUUGUGCCAACAAAAUUAUCAUAGAGAUGUUGACUCUGGACAGCUGUGAACGGCUCAGAUUCUUUCUUUUGCAUCACUUUGUCGUUACUGUGUAUGGUAACUGUUUUAUGCAGACAUUUUCCGCUCCUGCAGGCAUAAAACCAUCAGGAACAUCACAAGUUUGCUCUGUAUUAAAGCCGAACUUCUAAUGCAUAAUUGUGGUUAAGCAGCUUAGGUAAACAAUGCAGGAUUUAAGAAUUAUCCGUCCUACGAAUAGAGCAGGAUUAAACCGAUUUUAGGAUUUAUAUUUUGUUUUUGUCUCAUAUACUGAGUAGCACUUUCUCACAGGACAAAGCAUCUAAGAUCAUUAAAAUUGGUGAAUCAAGCAGAUCAAAUUCUAACUCCAGCAGUCAUUGUGUGUGGUAGCCAUGCUCACUGAUACAUCUCCUCUGAGUAUUAUCCUCGGAGACCCUCGGCUCAAAGAGAGAAUGUUUUUCGACAGGAGGCACAGCUCCAGGUAUGCUAACAACAUAAAUGCUCUGUAGCCCUGGAGCAGAAAGGCUUUUCCUGUUGGAUGUCUGAAAAAGGAAACCUUGGGCUCGCAGAUUUCUUCGAACAAUACAAACCCUAAUAGGCAGAUCAUCGCCUGGACCACGAAUGCCCUUUCUCUCUGCCUCUUUCUUAUUUGAGAAGCUUAAACACGUAUAUGAGGAGCUUAGCUGUCUUGUCGACACAGGCGCAGACCUGGUGAAGAGAGGCGAGGGAAUCCCCCUGCACUGUCUUCCUAUCAGCAGAGAGAGCACUGAUAUUAUCUUCCUCUGCUCUCCUUGCUGCUGAACAGCUCCUUUUUUUGUCCUCUUUUCAGACAUGCCACUCUCCCCCCUCUUGGCAGACGUAAACACAGACCCCUGAUCUCUGACGCUGCAGGGAGAGCAGAGCUACUGAUACGGCAGGAAAACCACCUCAAAUCGCCCCCCCUUUUUUUUAUACCUUAAAUGCUUCUGCGAGAUGCUUGACUGUCACUGUGGUCCAGGCACCUCCUGCUGCAAGAAUGACAGGCUGAGAAAAGAGCAGCAGGAGAGAAAACAGAGCUUUUACUCUCAGGUUUCUCUGUAAUACAGCAAAAACAGCAAGGGCCUGAUCCAAAGGCUGCCAUAGGGCUCCUCAGAUUCCCAGAGGCACUUAUGUGCAUUCUGCUUAUAAAAUAACACACUCGGCCUCGGCUAUCCUAUUUCACUGGGAGAUCACUGUUAUUGCUGACACGUUGUUUUCCACGAGUCUGAUGCAGUGAAGGAUAAGAUCGAGCGGGGGUGGCAGCGUUUUGGUAAAUCAGUUGGGUACAUCUCUCUCAGUCAGGACACAUGUUUUAGAUAAAGUAACACAUCCCACAUAGAUAUUUUCACAUGUGAUCGACAAUUAGGCCCAAUGUGUUCCUUGUUUUCUCACUGAAGCUCCCAAAGCAUCAAUAAAACGUGCCGGAGAAGGAGUGAUUUGAAGUGGUUUGAUGUGCCGUAACCCAGCAGAGCACUCUGUGAUUAGACUUCAUUUUCUACUUUGGUUUGUCUUUAUCACUUUCCCUGCUCAUUUCUCCUCUUUUACAACAGCACCCUCACACUCUCUUCUCUUUGUUCUGGCUCUUUUGUGAAAUUAUCAUGAAAGUUCACAGGCGAAAAGCAAAUCUUUGAUCAAGUGCGCGCAGGCCUGAAACACAGCUGUCAAUCAGAAGGCGUAGAUUUGAAGCUGUUUUUUACCUUUUUAUUGAAGUCAGGCUGUGAUGGAGGGCAUUUAAAUCCUUCAACAGAGCAGCUCUAUGUCACUUAUUAUUCAAUAUCUAACACAGAGCUUGAAGUCAUGACAGGCCUUGAACGAGUUUUAAUGAAAGAUUUCCUGCUCGCUCCCUGCCAGGCCUUCUACCACGCAAUAUCUCCCACUCCCUGAAAGUUCAUUCCUUCAAAUUAAGAGCGCAGGAAAAAACUGCGAAGCUAAAAAACAGAAUAUUUUCAAAGGAACAGGAGCGUUUUCAAGGAAAGUUACAGGAGCUGUAUCCGACUUUAGACCCCGACACGGGUCAGCGAGAGUAGGACCAGUAAAACUCAGAGGGCCAUGUCUCCCCCUCUCAUUUCACCAGUUCAGGGCCAGAGAUGAGGUGAUCCACAUGGUGUGGGAAGUGUGUGUUUGUGUGUGAGACAGGGGGGGAAAGUCAGACUUUGGUUUCAGUCCAAGACAGGAAAACGCUGAAGUAAGCUCACCAGUCAAUUCCCAGACUCCUGGAUACAGCGUUGGCCUAAUUUUACUCACGGCUGUUGUGCGAUAAUUUUAAUGCCCCUUUUAACAGUUUGUGCGUGUACGUGUGCGGGUGUGUGUGCGUGUGCGUGUGUGUGUGUGUGUGUGUGUGUGUGUGUGUGUGUGUGUGUGUGUGUGUGUGUGUGUGUGUGUGUGAGAAAAGUCACCACCAGUCUAGUGUGGUAGCUUUGGUAGGAAAAAGGUCAUGCGAGGGGAACGUCUCUGACGACGAUGUAAUGAUAUAUCAGGCUUGUUUUCUUGCAGCGGAUGUGUGUUUUCUGACAGCUUGUUUUUUUCUCCCGUUCCCUGAUUUGUGUGGGGAGCUGAGACUCACCCACUUCACUGUGCACAGACAGAGGAGAACAGCCCCCACAGGCAGAGGGAAGGAGUUUGGUCUGUCCAUGAUGUCAGUGUUUGGAGAGGAUGAGUGUGUCGGUGUCUGUGGGGGGGUGGGUUAGAUGAGUCUAGCGGAGGGGAAGAGGAGGGUAUGUGUGGGAGAGGUAACACGAGAUCCCCCACAGAGAUGCUAAACUUCAUUACACAGUGAAAGAGAGGGAAGAGGACUCUUUACAAGAACGAAGAAAAACGUUCCACUUUUAAUCUGGGUGCAAUCUAAAAAUAACCCUCCCCUCUCUGUCUACUGCCCACUGGGGCAGGCUGUCAAAGAGUCUGUCUCCACAGAGAGGGAGUCAAAGUGCUGCAGAGGACCAAACAAAAAGCAGAGGGAGGGAUUCAGAUGGAAAAUGGAGCACAAGUGGGAGGGCAAAAAGCAGAGAAAGAGCAGAAGAAGGAAGUGUGGAGGGGAAGAUGUGGGACCGUCAUAAGUGAGAGAAAGAUUGAAGCUUUCUGAGCAGAUUGACUUCUGUGUUGUCGACCGUUCUCUCUCAGCUGACUCCAUUACACACCUAUUUGGCCCUGAGGCUUUUGCGAGUCUUGGUGCGGCAAUAAAGCACCCAUUGCCUGCAAAGGUGGAAUAACAGACGGGCUUUUACAGGUCCUGGUGGCACUGCCUUUCUCUGAGAGGUUCACCACACAAGUAGUGAAUCACACUCACCAAAUAGUCACCCAUUCUUCAGAUGCUUCCCUUGCUUUCCAGUCUCAACCUCUGACUCACAAAUCGCUACUGUAGCAGUUCAGCCAGCUGCCCAGACUGAUGUGUCAUCCUCACUCUGUUUCUGUUACGAUGUUCUUUUUCCCAAACUUACACAAGAGUGGAUGGAACAGGUGAGUGUUGGUUUGUUUGAAGAAGGUACUGAGAUUUUGGCAUUCGUGUCAAAAAAAAAACAACCUUUGAGAAGACAAAGAGGUUAGCGGGUUCUUCAAACACUAAACACUGUCUCCAGGACACUCUGAUCCUCGUGUGGAAACUUCAGACAUUAUUUGGUCUUCUUCUAUAACAAAUCUGCCCCAGAGAAGGAACCACCCUCAGACUACACACACCCAUGGUUUUGUCUUUCUGAACAAUUUAUAACAAAUCUGGCACAGUUCAAAGCAGUUGGAUUUACUGUGCGCAUCACAUAGUGAGUACACCGUACCUUCCACUGACCUACAUUUAAAAACCCAAACCCAAAAAGUUUAUACCAUUUCAAUUUUCCACCUCAAGCAGGGGUAAGUGAAGACAUCCCGUCAUCCUGACUGCAGCCACUCUCUCUUUUUUUACCCACAGUCUCAUACUGUGAUUGCCAGCAAUUACAUAUUAUCCAGAUAUUCAGUGAGACGAUAUACAGAGCAGAGUUUUGGCUUCCAAGUAAACAAUCACAGUUCAAUUACCCCACACAGCAGAUGGACCCCUCUGAUGUUGUAUAGCUUAUCAGGCCUGCAUGAUGUCAUUUUCCCCCCUAAAACAGGGGCACUAACCCCCUGCCUGCACCACGUUUUUUUCUUUUACUUUACAAUGGAACAUCAGCUGGGCGUCUGAGGAGAGAUUACAUCACUGAGGUUAUUCAAGCCUGUGCGAGCAGCAGAAGUCUGGGAGGAACAAAAACAGCACAAAGGAAGCUGAGGCUCACAUCAGACAAGCCCCAUUCAUAAAGCCCUCGGACUGUAGCCACAAAAACCUGGAGAGAUGCAUGUGAGUGUCUGCCUCUGAACCCAUGUGCAGUCAAACUCACUGAUGUUUCUGACUGAUGCUGUGUAUCAACAAUGGUCAAGAUCGGGAGAAAGGAUGUUUGUUUUCAGGAGAGAGUAAGAGCACACACUUGGUGAGCUUUUUCACUUUUAUAGUACUUAUGAUAAAGUUAGUUUUCACUAACCCAGGUUUAGGUGUCCUCUCUCCCUCAGGUUGGAUGAUGUUUUAGCCUUCAAAUCCUGUCAAACUUAAUUCUUGUAUAGCUCAAAUAACUUUCUAUUUCUCUACCUGCCUGCAUGGAAGCAAAGUGGAUGAAUAAUGCAGAGAGUCUUCUCAUAAGAUUAGAGCAAACGUGUCCAGUUGUGUCUCUUUUUCUGAACCUUUUGACUGUCUUUACUUCUUCACGUCAGUGUGUGAACCUGAAAUGCUGAACAGAAAGAGAUGUGCAUUGAAACAUUUAUACUGCAUUAUGACGUUAAACCUGAGUUGACAGCUUUCCAAUUAACAAGUCGGAAAACCAAGAUGGACGCCUACAGUUACCUGUUGUCAGUUGUUGUUAGCGGUUGUCAGCUGUUGUUAGCUGUUGUUAGCUGUUGUUAGCGAUACCAGUUAUAAACAAAGCACAACACAGUGUUUUACUCUUACAAACACCAUAGCAACGUGUUCACGGUUUGACGUUGGGCAGUACAACAUAUACCACUUAUUUAAUUUCACGAAAACAAAACAGAAAUGCUAAAAAAAAAAUACAUUACGAGAGCUUUCACUGUUACUCUUUACUGUUGAUGCACUGCGCUGCCAUCUUGGAUUAUGACAUUGUUGUCAAGUUUAGGUUGGUGAGGAUCGUCCGACUUUCCCUUUGCCUCAGUUUCUUCACAUGGCUUCAUUUUAAUCAACGGUGGCGCUUAACACCACUUUAAAUUGUCCAGAUCUAAACUGUAUGGAAAACAGUUGAGUGGUGUAUAGAGAAGCUGGAUUUUAUUUGUACAUCUGUAAAGCAGUUUAGACUCUGUGGAGGAUUUUGGAACUGUUUUUCUGAAUUAAAUAUCACAGGACUUCGUGUGUGAACAAAAAAGCAAUAUUUAAAAGUUGAAACUAUUUUGGGACUUUCAUCAGUAGUUAGAUUAUAUAAGAUUACUUCUGUCUGACUUACACAAACAGCAUUUAAUACACAGUCCUCUUUGCAUUGAAAAAGGACAAGGGAACGAGAUCAAAGACGAGCUAAAGGUCAUUUAAAAUGUGAGCAGCUCGUAUUUAUUUUCCUGCAUAUUCAAAUAUUUAUAUACACACUUCCUAAAUUACGGCUCCUAUUCCUGACUACAUCUCUGACCAGCAUCAGGGUGUGUUUCAGUGACCAACGGUUCUCACAUAGUCCCUAAAGACCCAAUAGCCCUAGAUUAAUGGCCUUCCUGCUGCCCCAGCGAUGUGAGCUGUGCCAACACAAAUGGUCGGGCACGCGAUGCCGGCAUGACAAAUUAAAGCCAGGGCGAAAGGGCAAAAACAGAGACCACAGCCCAGACCGGUGGUUUUUUUCUUUGUCAGAGCUGCAUGAUGGCAGCAUUAGGGCUUCACUGCUGAACCCAGGGGUCAAAGGCGGGAGGUUACAGACCCCAGGCUGUCUCUUUGCCUUUACUCUUUAACUGACCGAGACAGGGCUUCCUAUCUGAACAGCUUGACCAAAUGGUUUAUUCAUCAGAGCUACUCACGGGCUGAACACUGACACUUUUCAUGCAUAACAAAGUUGACACUUAAAUUAUAGCGGGCUAUCUUUUAUCUCAGCUUGUGCAAAUGGUAAAGUUUCCAUCUGAGUGAUGUGCUAAGCCCUGACAGGAAAAAAACAACUGGCGAGCUGUGUAAGGACAUUCACCAUUUAUAUAUCAACUGUGUUUUGUUGGUUUAGAGUUAACAAGCUGUCAGAAAUGUGACACAGCAACUGAAAUGUAUUACGGUGGAGAACAGCAGUCCUGAGUUCAAAUGAAGCCCUUCUCCUCUUUCCAUUGUUCUUGAUUUAAAUGUUUUAUAAUUUCAGCCUCAAGGACAUUCGAUUUCUGUUGAUUCUGCUCAGUUUCUUAGUCUUUGGUGCCUCAUAUAUCAUUUCCUGUCUUUGGAUGGAGUCCUGGCCUUUAUUAAAGCAAUAUUUGAGUGUGUGUUUAAUGGUUUUGAAGUGACCGUUUUUACAACAAUUCAGUAUAUCAUUGCAUUCUUCUACUUCUUCAACCUCCUACAGUUCGGAGUCAAUCGACUGUAUCAAAAAGAACGAAAGAGGUUGUAAAUCUCUAAUUGUUCUCUGAUAGCUUCCUGAAAUGCAAGUGCAUGGGUCAUUAUGCUCUCGCACACGUACACAUUAAGAGGGCAUGAGCGGCUGCGUGCGUUUGAAGGUCAAGAGGGAAUCGUUGCUGGUUGUUUAUGCAGAGAGUGUGAGGAAGUAGAGGGACUGUGGGAACCCGAGUCCUGAACACUCCGGGUUCCAUGUCUUUCUCCGUCACAGAGGAGUAAAGCGUUUGAGCAGAUUUAGAUGCACAGCAGCUGUAAAAAUAGGAAGGAGAGGGAAAGUGUGAUUCAUGAGAUGGAGGAGAGGAUUACUCCAGCUUGCAUGAAGAGGAUCCAAACGUUGUGCCCAAGUCAGGCCUUAUCAUCUAACCCCACAGAGGCUCGGAGAGAGGCUUGGAGAGAGGGUGGCAUCUGUGACUGAAGACAUGCUGAUAAAAACCAUUAUUAUAGUCCCAGUUAUUUUUUCAUCUUGAGUCAUGCCACUGUAUGAUUUUUUUCUUCUUUAGUUCUUUGAGUUUAAAGUCAGAGUUAUAACGUUUUGUAAUCUUGGUGGCAUCUAUGAGAGUUUUUCAGCCUGGAAGCUGCGGUCUCAGGUUACCCUGUUUUUGGCCUCUUGUGCAGCAUCUUCAGACGGACCUGGAAUAAUCACACUCAUUCAUCUGACACUCUCUCAGAAAAGAUCACAUAUCACAGCAGGGGGAAAAGCUGUGUUAUCGCUCUCAAUUUUACGUCAAUACCCUAUUAAGUGCUCCAGGAUUGGUACAUUUUCCAUAAGUCACGGGUCUAGGAGAAAUAUUCCAGUGUACACAGCAUUCUCUUUAGGCUGCUCUUUGGCUUGGCCCGGCCGCCUGCCUCACACGCAGGCAUGUGAAGCCAGAGAGGUUGGGCAUGGUCAAAGCACAGAAGCCACUUUCUCUCUCCGAGCCUCCAGCAAUGGUCUCCAGUGAGCCCGAGCGGGUCUGAGGGGAACAACGUGAGCCCUGCCAGGGGCUUUGGUUUGUUCCUCAGCCUCGAGUUAGUUGCUGACCUAUAAUAAGGCCUCCUGUUCUACAUGGCAGAAGGUCUUGAGCGAGUGGAAAAGAAUUUACAGUAGUCCGGGUCCACUAAGUUUGUCGAUCAACCAGAGAUCAGUCGUGUGAACUGGGUUUGGUUCCUCUACAUGCACGUAAAUGCUGAUGAUCAUUGCUUCAACACACUGAAGCAAAUUUGUCAUGACGGUUUGCUGAAUAUCUCUGUGUACCUUCUUAUCCAUGCAAAUGUUGACUGAGCCAUGCGGUGCAGAGGUCCUUCCUCCUUGGGCUCUCCGCUGGGCUGGUCAAACCCUGCAGUGAUCCUGCUGAAUCAGUGAAGAUGUUGUUUCGGUUGCACCAUCCUGCCCAGUAUGGAUAAGAUCAAUACUGGUGUUGUUAAGUGUUGGGACAGCAGUGACUGGAUCAGUACUGGUGCUGUUCCAGCCACCAUGGGUCAGUGCUACACACUCUCUGCGGUUGAGCUGUGGCUUUAUGAAUGGCUUCUUGCAGUGGUCGUACAGAGCGUCAUUCUUCUCACCCUCAUCUGAGGCUGACAUCCGAGGGGGGAAGCCCAAGGAGCCGGCAGCCAGCUAAAUGUUUUUCUAUCCCCCUGGUAGGAAUGGACGUAUCGGGUGCUGUUUUAAUGCGUUUAAAGUAGAAAAACAAGGCAGUGUCCAAUGACCCAAGCAACAACAAGGACAGUAGUGAAAACAGUCUGUGGCUCAGGCAGUUUGCCCUCCUUUUGCUGUGUACAGGGAGUAAAGCAAAAACAUCCAGUCUAGCGACAGACUCAUCAUUAAUGCUCUGGGUUUGUUUGCGUUCAGAGUUAUUUGCCCACUUCGCCAUUUCCCCAGGAAUCUUAAAUACCCCUGCCCCCUUGGCCCUCACAGGGUCCCUACCUAAACAGUCAGACACAGUGGGAGUCUGCUGUCCCCGAGCUCCUAACCACUCCACUGUUGCCAAGUCUAGAUGGGACAAAAUGAGCAUUCCAGGAAUAGCAACACGACUCCAACACCCAAACUCACCUGCUCCCCUCCCCCUCACACUACAUACCCUCACUUAUUCUUCUCCUGCAUCCCUCGCAGCAAGGGUCCCGAUGUACUGACGACUCUGUGAUGGUAAAAUGCAAGAUGUAUUUGCCUUCAGUGCAUCGAUUAAAUCUUAAAUCUGUGACCCUUGAAGCGAGGAGUGUAUCUGUGCGGACAAGAUAGGCAUGGUACACAUUAAAACCAGCACACUUCACCUCUUCAGUCUGGGGGCAGCACUGACACAGCUCAUCCUUCCAGCUCAGCUAAAACAAGGCAAUGAGCAGCCAGUUGAUCUCAGCUCCUCAGGGAGGGAAAUAUUUAUAAAAUUGAAAAUUAAACCAUCCUGAAGCUGGUGGGGGGGAUGCAGGGAGGAGCAUUGGGGAGAGGAUGAAUAGCGUCCUGUGCUCAGCCCCCGGUUGGACUGAACCCCUCUGUUUGCACUUUUUUUCAGCCUUGGCACACAGAGCUGCCUGUGCCGAGUGGGUCGGAAGCAGGAAGUGGUUGUGUAAGUCGAUCUGCAAAUGCAGCACAGAGCUGCUUUUCAACAACAGACCUCUUGGUCUCUUUCUGCACAGCGACACAUCAGGUAGUCCUCCUGCUGCAGCCUCAGCAGGACACGGGCUAGACCCACUUGGGACCCUAAAGCAGAGACAGGGGAGAGAUGAGAAGAUGAGAUAGAAAAGAGGACAGAAAUUCAGUAGGAUGCAGAAAGGGGGGAUGAGGGCCAGUUGGGCAACCAGGUGUAGCUUUUACAUCUCAAGUCACUGAUCAGAUAGGAGAAGAUGUACAGGAGAGUGCUGCAGUGGUUUCUGCCAGACUUCAAACUGUCCGGACAACAGUCUGCAUUGUUAUCCAUAAAGUUUUCAACUAUAGCAAAUCUAGGAAUGAUGAUUGUGUUUACUUUACCGAAAUCAGAGAUGGAAGAUCAAGUUACAGGUGCACAGCAGGAUGGAUUAACCACAACACAUUAUGGAGGAAGCUGCUUUCUAUCUGCUGCAAAAAAAGCUUUUUUUACAAUAAGUCCUCAAAGCCAAAGGAGCAGCUGUCGGUCUCCUCUCUGCUCAACUUCUUUACUCUUUCUCAUACCCUCUGCCCGUCCUCUAUCAAUUUUCCAACUUGUUGAUUUCCCAUGUGAAGCUAAUUGUUGUAGGUGAGGAGCUUGACUCUGAUAUCUGAUUUCAUAUCCAGUAACUGCUCAAGGUCGUCUUCCCCACCGCUCUGUGUUUAUAGAUAGUUUUUGCAGCUGCAACUAAAAAGGGCCUCGCUCACAAAGGUGGCUCAUUGACAAAACACUUAGUUUAAACACUGAGCAGGAAUUCCAGGCACUCCAGCUCGUCCAUCAGUCUCCCCUUCAUUUUGCUUUAAUUGUCUCGGCUAUUUCCAAACCAUUACCAUAAAGUGGUUUUGAGCAGGAUGCAUAUCCACCUCGUCUCUCCCAGUGCUAAACAAACGAACACAGUAAAAGGAUAAAGUUAGAAUCCUGCUGAAAUGUCACUAAAUGACAGCUUAACUGAGCUUUACUCGGUAUGAAUGAGGCUUUGUUUGAACAGGAUUCAUUGUUAUUGUUUCCAAGAGCUACUUUAGGUGCAACUAAGCUGCUGAAGUGGACCAAAGUGCCAGGGCCCCAAAACAGAAACAAUUAUUUAAUGCUGUUUGUUCGGGCAGGGCGGCUUUUGUGUCUGAGCGCCUGUUAAUGCCAGAAUAAGACCUGGAGUAAGAGUUUGGCUGAACUCGUUCGGAGAGUGUAGCUCUGAAACUCCGUUUGUGGGUUGUAUUAAUGUCGGAUAGAUUAAAGUGUGAUGAACCGACCAAGUCAAAUCUAUGUAUAUCUGGUGGAAUGAUCAGCCACAGUGAGCCUUUGAAAGUCUGACCAGGCCUGGGAAAAGCUUCGGAGCUGAGAGACAACAAAGGGGAACAUAGACACAGACAGAAUCCAGCUCACUGUCCCCACAUAACGCUAAUAAAACUCAACAGGAGGAAAACACGCCGCGCUGCCACCAAAGCCUUUGCUGUUUGUGACUUAGUGUAUUUUUGAACACCAUGUCAUGUGUUGACACAGGCUACUUAGGAAAGCCUGAGUCGUAAUUAGGUCAUUGGGACAUUUCCUCGGACUAUUUAAAGGGAGGCCGGCAGGGUGAAUUUGGAAAAUGUUGGAACUGACACACGAACGCUGUGCGUGGAAUUCCCUCUUAGGGGACUGUGACUUCAGCUUUGAUGUAAAUUUGACAGAAAUUUUCAAACAGAGGAGAAAAAAAAUCACUCUAUGUUUUUCCUUUGCUGCCUUUUCCACGGUCCUAUCAUCAUACUUACAGGAAAAGAGCUUAUGAAUGAAACCACUCAACUCCAAAUAACCCAGCUCAUGCUUUAAGCUGUGACUGUCAGUCAUGCGCCCACCUGACCCUCUGUUCUUGUGCCUUAAUACCAAACUGGAGGGAUUUUCUGUCCUGUGGAGAUAGAGGAAAGAAGGACAGCGAGACAGACAGAGCUAAUGAAGGAUCUCAGUGGAGAACAGUGAGAUACCUCCAGCGCUGUGGUUUAGAGCAGCUUUAAAAAGGGGAUGUUUUGUCAUGAUGACUUUCAGGCCCUAUUCUUCCCAGACCACCAGCUUGGUUUUAUUUAUGAGCUGUUUCUAAAUCACACAUAACCUGGUGCCAAGUUUACAGAAAAUGAAUCACAGCCUGUCAAAAGUUUGCUCCCACUUUGAUUUAAUGCCUGUGUGCCAGUCUGUGACCCCAGCAAGACAGCGUUAAAUUUGACUGAACCGCUUUUAUCCAUCCACUGGGGCUUAGAAAGUAACAUUAUACCCACUGCUCUAUAAAAACCUGUCUAACAAACUGCAUGUCAUUCACACAAUGUAUACUGGAAUUAUACAUGAAAGCACUUGCACACUUAAGUACAGCACACCCACAGUCCCAGAGACGCACAUAUAUACAAUUAUACCCAAUUGAGUGUUCACAUCUCCUCACACGCACUUGGUGCAUUCGUGUAAAACCUGAAACGCUCUCCUUCUUUCCUAAUUGCAAACAUGAACUUAGACCAAAGGUUCAUUCACAAACACUGCUUUUGUGUAUCCGCCGGUUCUGAAGUCUCGCAGAGAAACUGUAUUUCUUGAGAUUUAGCCUGUUUCAUUUGGCAUCGAUGAUGAUGUGGUGCAUUUACGUAGCUUACUCUCUCAAGGUUUGAGGAAAACCCCUUUCAUAGUCACAUGUUGAAACUUGACUGCCUGUCCUCUCGUCUGGAGAUACAAACACAGAAAAGCUCAGACUAAAGUCUUACAAGCAAAGGUCUUACCUGAAGGUGAAAGGUUACGAGUGUGGCCUGCAGGUGUGCUGGGGUUUAAACCAAACAAACUCAGUCCUGACGUCCUCAGAUGGAUAUCUUCCACUUUCUCUCAGCUCCAGUCACACUUUGAAAUAAUUCUUCCCAAAUGUCACUUCAAACGGCGAUCCCUCUUUUCCUUAUGUGUCUGUCAUAAAAAAUGUUAAGCAAAGAGUGAAAGCGUGGAGGCCAAUCAGCCUCGGGCUCCCAGUCCCAGCUGUGCACAAGAGAAACACAUCAAACCAAGAUGUCACGUUUAUUUUAACAAGAUUAAACUUCAUCUGUGAUGUACUUGUAACUUAUUUAUGUCACAAGGACACAUGAAAUGCUUCAAAUUCCAGAUGCUGGUGGGUUUGCGUUUGCUUCUUUUGCAGAAGAAUAUAGAAUUUCCUGGCUGCUCAAAGCAUUAGCCCUAACGGUGAAGAACCAAGUUUAUGCCAAAUGUUAAAACCAUUUCCAAUCUUUAGUGACACAGGACACCGAUUCAUUCUCCACAAAAAAUACCAUAUGUCAGCUUAAUUGUUGUUUUUGCCGUGUCUGCAUUACGUAUGAAGAUGAAGGAGUUUCCAUUUAAACACGUGGUGCUAGUGACAUGAGGACGCAGUUAUCUACAGCCUGUGCCUGCCUGUGCAUGCUUGUCUUAGGUGAGUUUGCUCAUUGAUUCAUGGGAGGGAGGGUGACGGGUCACUUAGAGGAGGCUGAGUCCCCUGAGGCCACUGACACUUAGGUUGUAACUCUGCCUCUGCAGGCCCGGUCUGCUCUGGACUUUCACCUAUGUGGUAGUGUGCCCAGACUCCUCUCACCGCCUCUGGCCUCCUUGAGGUAGUGAGAGGAUAUGUGAAUGUUAAUGGAGCUAAACAUGCAGUUCCUGGGAAAAUAAAGGCUUCCUCUGUAAUAUGUCGAGCUCAUUGAAGACUGUUCAGAGAUACUGCUUAACUUGAAAUCUGCUCAACGGUAAAAGUGUCAAUCUGUUGGAUGCCAACAAAGUUAAUCUCCAGUAUCAUGCUGUUGUAGCUUCUGUCUGAAUGUGCAUGAGCUGCCUUCAGGUUUGCACUCGAGUUUGUAAUUGAAAACACUAGAUGAAUCUCUGGACCAACAGUCGUCACAUUUGCAGGUUUUGUUGGGAUGAGUAAAAGACUUUAACUCUUGAAUACCUGAUAUCUGGAAAACCUGAAUCCCAGUGUGUGAAUAGUUCUGAGCUCUUUUCCUCGUCUGUUGCUCUUUGCUGGUUCACUUAUCAUGUUGGAGCAGGUAAAAAAAAUCAAAGAUUUAUGAUUUCCUUGAGCGUGCAGCAGAAAGAGUUGAAAAGAGGGCUGCUGUAUUUCAGCCUUAACCUCUUGUUUAUGCGUGUGGGGGGUCCACGCACCACAUCCACUUUCAGUAUUUUCCGUCGGAUGCCACUCCUGCGAGUCACCUUUGUUUUGUUUGAUUACUGAGCGUUUAGGAUGCCGCUGAGGGACUGCUUGGUUUGGAGAAGAAAAUUUAAUCAAGUAUCUCUUACAUUACAAAUACCUCUAUAUUUGUCGCUGGGUUUGCUUUUUAUGUGGCAAACGUUUUAGUCCGUGCAUAAACCGUCUCCUGGUUAAAUCUCUAAACGUUAAGAGUGUGUAAUCUCAGACACUACCCGGAUAAUUGAGUCUGGGGUCAGGGAGGGCUGUCCUUACUGAAUCCUUGCCCCAUUCCAUCUCAAAGUGUCUUUUACUUUUAAUAAAACUUUGCUGGUUUUGAGUGGCUACCAAAUACUUUAGCCCAAGCCUAAUAAGAGACAAGCAAAUAUUGAUACACUGGGAAAAAAAAGGGAAUGAAGGGGGAAUAAAACCCGAGAGAGGGGUUUUGUCCAUUAAAGAUUAGGUUAUCCUGGUUAUAACUAGGACGCAGGAAAUUCUGUCUACGAUUUGACCUUUCAGUAAUAUCCUGUUCUACUCAGUCAUUUUUCACUGUAUCACACACUUAACCUUAUUUUGUGCAAAAGCCACACAAGUAAUGUUCCGUUGACCUGCAGGAAUAAGGGAAAUUGUGUCAAAGAGGAAAAAAUAACCUUUAAACACUCGAGAACAGAGAUUCCAUCAUGUUUGUGGAAUGCCGUGGUUAGCAAUAUGGAAACAGACGGAGUCCAGAAUCCAGCGGUUAGAAAAAAAAUAAAUACAGAAAAAAAGUCGUCUGAGAAAGAGGAAAAACUUGGGAGGGGGGUUUGGGGAGCCUCUGGAAUUACACACCACCACAACCCCCCUCCCCCCUCACACACACACACACACACACUCAUACACACAGACACAUCCAGAGACACUCAGACACACCACACACAUACACUCCUUCCAUCUUCCCUACUGUGCAGCUAACCACACUGGGUAAAGGGCGGGGUGAGGGGAUGGUGGAGGUAGGGAGGCACGAGUGUAACAAGCCUCCUUCAGUACUGUGCUCAGGGUUUUAUAUGAACGUUGGUUUCUAUUUUAAACACUCCUCUGCACUCCUCUCAGAAACUGUCACUAUUACAGAGGAGAGCAAAUUACUCAUUAAUUUCUCUGUAAAUCAUAAAUGGAGAAAUUAAGAUUGUAAACCACUGACAGGUCACUACUGUUCACACGUCCGUAUCCAGAGCUCUCUGGUGUUAUUAAGUGUGCGGUGGUGGAGUUGUGAAAAUAUGCCGGUCCCUCCUCACAUUGCUGACAUAUCUCUCCUCCUCAUGCGCCUUUGAACGGACGCAGAGAUCUUAAAGGCAAAUUGCUUGCAUAAUGGAUGUUUCCAAAAAUACAGAGGAGUAGGCAGGCACGCUGACCGAGGUUUUGGCGGCUCGCCCUCAGCAUGGGACUGAGCCAGCCGCUUUCGCUGUGCAUUCCCUCUGCCGGACCAGUCAUGCUGGGAGAGGUGUGAGGAAAGCAGUCAGACGGCUCUUACUCUGCCACCUGAUCCUCUGCCCCCUACAUCCUUCUGAUUACACAACCCACUGGGGUUCUGGACAUCACUCCUCCAGGUCCUGACACUCAUCCUUCUGUAUGAUUCUCCCCCCUCUUUAAUGGCCUUCCCUGCUACUCUUUGUUCAGAUCAUUUUUCCUCCUCUCCUCUCCUCUGAUCUCAUCACCCCGCAUCUUCAUCUGUCUUCUCUCUCUAUGUCAGUGAUCUUUGAGACAACUGUGUGGUGAUAUUUCAGUGAAAAAGCAUCUGGAAAAACUGAAGAAGUCGGGAAAUUCCUGCUAAUGCCAGUUAUUGAUCUACAUUAUAAUAAAGGGAGUCAUUGUUUGCGAGAGCGGACUGCUCGGCCUGCUGCUGCCCUUCUCUUGGCUCUGGUGAAGCUUUGCGUCUCUGGAGAGUCAUCGUCCUGCUCCUGAAUGUUUUGUGCGGUAUAUUUCACAAGUGUUAAAUCGCUGCACUGUCAAAGAUCGCACUUCCUAGCCGUGGUCUGCUUUUACCAUUUCUUUGAGCCACUUUUGGGUGCUCUCCUGUUACAGAACACACAUCAGCAGAUAUGUUGAAUAGCGCAGAAGAAAGCGGGGCUGAGCCUGUAGUCUAUCAAGUUAACUGACUUUGAGAGAUAUGGGGCUUAUGAAGGCUACGGCAUCUUGGAAAGCAAGAAAUUGCGAAAGCGUUUAGAGGCUUAAGUCACCCUUGAUGAGUGGAUGGAGAUUUUCACGGCGCUACCAGCAUAUUUUCACUCAGACCAACACCACAUACAUCCUGCUCCAAAAUGACAGGAAAAAGACUUUCAGGAAAUUGAGUUUCAUUCAAGCACCUUUACCCACUUUCCCAACUGUGAGUGAAACCAAAACAUGCCCUUUUAAAUAAUGAAUACCUAGUUUCUUCAGUCUAGUUAGGUAUUCCACACACAUGCACCUACACCACAAACACACCAGUUCUUCCACACUCAGCAGUCUCAGGCAUCAGGGUGGUGUUGUGGUGGAGCUAUAUGGGGCGCCAGUGCAUGAGAAACUUAGUGAUUUGACAGGAGGCUUAAAGAAUACACACGCACACAAACACACACACACAUAUACACACACAUGCUGCCUUAAUUGACUUGUAAAACUCCACUAAAACGCACUUUUAUAGAACAAAUUUUAGACCAGUCACACAGGAUUUGAUACCAACUUGUGCCCAGCUUGCAAUUCUGUCACCACCAAACUGUCUUUAUGUGCAGUCCAAGUGCAAUUUAUACUUUGAAAGAUAAAACCGAACAAGCCGAACCAAAGACGCCACCAAAUUGGCAGAUUGAUAUUCAUAAAAUCUGCGUGUGCAGUUAUUCUGGCCCGUGUGGAGGAGGUUGGGGCAGAGGAAGAGUUAUUGAGCAGCUGAGGGCUGAAGGGGAAGUGGACCAGGCAUUUGUUAGGAUAUAAAUGAGCCUUUCCUCUUUGUAAACUGACAGCUGAGGCUUUGGUGCUACUUCUGUAAGGCCCGUGCGAUCCUCAUACUGCUUGUCUAGCUGCUGGAGGCAUUCAUCCACGGCUUCAAACCUCACCGGCUGGUCUGGGCAAACACAAUCGGGUCUAUGAUGUAUGAUUGCGACUGUUGACUCUGUAGAGCUGGAUCAAGAACUUCCCGGUGAAGAUACUGGCAGGGCGAGUCUCCAGCCGGUGGCAGAGAUAGCUACAGACACUCCGGCUUUCAGGUUCUCUGGAGCUGUAGAGUGGAUGUGAUUUUUCACAACUAGGCCUAAACUCAGCCAGGUCUCAGCCUCAAGCAUCCCUUCCAACCUGCUAAAUACCUCUGAGAGGUUUAGCAGAGGAUGCGACAAGGAAAUACACGGCAGAGUAAUUCCUCCAGGUAAAAGUGUGGAGUCAUAUCUCGCUUUUCUAUUUGUCAGACAGACAGCACCUGGACCACAGCCAGUAGUCAGCAUACAUAAAUAGGCCCUCCAGACUCAAGCCAUUUUAUCAGGUCUCUGCAGAUCCAAUCUCAUCUUACUCCUCGGUAAGAGGGCCUUAAUUUUAAACAUUGAAUAAAUUCAGCCUUUUAGACAGCACGUAUGCAGCAGGGACACAUAAAGCAUCCUCAAUCCUCUCCUCUUAGGAUGUGCUCUAUGUUAAACUGGAAAACAGUUCACACAACUUCCCACAAGGAGGUGAUUAAGGCCUUCCUACAGAGCAGGGUUAUUGUUAGAGUUACAGGGUCAGGGGAAGGAAUGUGUUUUAUCAUAUCUGUAGUUGCUCUGGUUAUUUUUUACCAAGUUUCAUGCUGAAUGCAGCAGGACAGCCUGGGAUUAUUUUUUCUGAUUUUUAACACUGUUGUAAGGUCAUUGAGUUCAUCGUUUGAUAUCAAACUUCUGUGCAGAAAUGAUCAGAGAAGAUCCAGAUUUGUUGCAAAGACAGCAAAAUAAGGUAUAUGAAAUGUUGUUUUCUAAAGAAAACUUUGUUCCCACAGUAAGAUCCAUAGAUCCCAUCAGACAACGGCUUCAAGCUUCUCCUACUAGGUGAACUGAGAAAAAAACGAACAGCCCUCCUAAAAUUUUGGGAAUGUGUCCUCCUCAAAGACUCUCUACCAGAGAGUAUGGUGACCCAAUCACAGGCCUGGAGCAGUGGCUUUAGUCAUCACCAGUGAAAGGAGAAACAAAGUUAGGUUGGAUGUUUUCCGGCUGGGAGAUUACAUUUUUGGUGCUCGUCUCAUCUGCUCUAACCUGGAAAGAGGAGCAGAGGCAGCGGAAGGCCAAAGUAAACUGGGACCUUUGAAAGAGUGUCUAGGAUGCCUGCGGAAAGGCAGCAAACGUCAGUGUGCCCACAGUUCUCACUGUCUAAUAGCUGACUGACUAAUCCCUGAUAUUCCUCCAUGAUCUAAACCUGCAGCCCCGUGUAGCAAAAGAACACUGUGGCAUUGUGUCCCUGCUCUUAAAAAGUCUGUGAUUCAUUUACUGGCAGGGCCUUUUGGAUCCACGAACGAUAUUUUUCUCAUUCUUAGUGCCGUUACAAGCCUCACCAAACUGGUUUCCUGUGGGACUGUUCAUGUCCAGGAUUUGACUGGGAUAUUUGUUUAGCCAUCAAUUCCUCCGUCAUUUGUUUUUUGUUUUUUUUGUGGGGAUCCAAAACUUGAAUUUAACUCCAUUUAUUUGUUUGAAGUGUCUUUUUAUUGUUGUGUGUAAUGAAGAAGUAUUUUUUUAAACUUGUGAGUCUGAGUUUGGCAGUGUUGUCCAACUCCAUAUUGAUUACAGGGGUUCUUUGUACAAUGACAGCGCCACUGUGAAAUGCUGCACCAGCGCUCUCUGCUGGCAGAAACUAGGAACAUAGUGUGUGACGCAUGAUUUCAUAAAUAUCCUCUGAACGUACCUUUUCAUAGCUCUAUUCUUAAAUGAUUAAUGUUAAUAUAGGCUAAAAAGAUGAAAAGCAUGAUUAAUUAUUUCAUUGAUGAUGUUUUAAGGUGAUUUAUAGAGUUGUACUGUGGUUCACUGGUCUGUUUGAAGAGCAUUUAUAGAUUUGCUUUCAAAGAGCAGAUCAUUUUAAACACCAAACAACAAAAGCGCAACAUCUGAUCCUCUCUUUUCUCUUCCUCUGACAGGUGUGUUUGUUCUGGUGCCAGCUCACAAUGAAAGUGAAGAGAUGAGCCUGCGGCGAGCAGCCCUGUCCCUGCAGCUCCUGCCACUGGACGUUUACUGAUUCAUCCUCCCUGAAGACGAUGCCCCUGUCUCCCAGAUAGCACUUCUGAGGACAAGGCCUUCACAGCACGCAUUGUGCACCAUGGCAGGAGAGACUCAGCAAUUGCAUGCUGUCAAAGAGCUGGACACGGAGUCCAAACUGCAGGAUGUGGGGACGGCGCUGGAACAGCAGAGUGACAAAACCACAAAGGAGUCUUCAGAGCACUUUGCAAGCACAGGCACUGAAGCCAGAGCCAGCAGCAGUGAGGCCAAAGUUGAAAAAAUAGAGAAGCAGAGGGACUGUCCUCAGCAGCGUGAAGCUGUCAUACGGCCACAGCAGGCAGGAAAGAUUGACUUCAGGUCACUUCAGAACAGAUCAAAGUUUUCCUCUGACAGGACUUGGUCAAGUGGUAAAGGCAGCCCCCAGUCACCCAGCGGAAAGGGGCGCAGCCGAGAGAAAGGAAAGAGGUCGGGAAAAACAGAACGUGGCAACCCCCAGCAGCUGUACAGACUGAGCAUUACGAAUCCACGCUCCAACCCCAACAUUGGGAUUGCCUACCCACAACAGAAGGUUUUGCCACCCAAGAAAUUGGACACCAGUCGUGUCCCAGUCUCGGGCAGCUACAGAUUCCACGUUCCCAGUAUACCAGAGAGGGAGGCCGAACUACAGCAAGAAGAGCUCAACUAUAACCGGUGCUUCCAGGAAUCCCCCUCUAACCUCACCUCUCCAAGCUAUACCUCACAGGCACUGGGUUCCUCAAGUGGAACGGCAUCCCACCCACAUCCACCUUUGUCACAACAGCAGCAGGCUGCAUCAAUGGAGGGCAACGGCGCACAGCCCGGCAGUCAGCUGAUUCUGGCUGACUUUCAGCUGGGUGGCACUAACACGUGGCAGUCUCCCGAAAGGACUUUUAAUGGUGCUAACUAUGGGGUAUCAUCCCAAAAAUCCACUGCCCUUACAGAAGCUAAUAAGACAAGUGCCUUUGUGCCUGCUCCUUUCCAAUACGGAUAUCACUUCCUGGAAGAAUCAACCUCUGACUCUUUCCCAUGUGAACAGAACCCCCAAUCUCAAGACUUUACAGACUCUUCCCUCGGAGUUCAUGUGAGCCACAACUCGUUUUCUUUCCCGCCUGGAGAUGGGCAAAGCAUCGCUCCGAACAGCUCUCAGUUCAUUAACGAACAGCAGUCAGAGGAUAGAAACUCUUAUCCUCAACCCCCGCAGUCUCAGUUCAUUCAAGGGGUAGCAUCCGCCAUACAGUGUCCCAGAAAUCUUAGUGAGGAUUCAGCCAGCAGUGACAGCUCCGGCUCCAGCUCGCAGCAGUCAGAGCAGGGGAAGACUGCCUUACCUGAGAGCGCAGAGGCUAUCGGACAGGCAGCCAUUACCUCUGGGAGUAAGAGGAACUGUCACUCUAAAGACACAGCUGCCAGCCAAAGAACACUCGUCCAAGGAAAUGUGCACCAUGCCAGGAAUAAUUUACAAGGUCCCCCAUCCCAAAUGCACUUUUCUAGCAAAUCAUUUAACAACCCUCCAGUCAGUGGCAUUCACACAGGCUCAAUACCCUUCGACAAAAACAUCAAUAAUAAGGUUCUUAACAGGCUACCUCACUCGUGGGAGGGGCCGAACAAGACGUACUCAGCAGCUGACCAAAACACACUUCAGUAUAAUGAUUUGAAUGACAAGUUUCAGUUUCAGAACCAGCAGCUUGACCAAAGGCAAAAUCCCUCCAAAAAUAGCAGAAUGCCCUGGCAGCAGAUACGGCCCAACGCUGCCAUUGCAAGCCAAAACAGAGUCGAGUUAUCAAGACAGAUAAGCAGCCAAAAAAUGUCUUACAUGGUUUCCCCCUCGGACUGGCAGGAUGAGAAUAAAUCGCACAAACAUAACUCCCUGAAAAACACCAGCUCUUUUCUGAACAGCAGAACUAGUGAUGGGUUUUCAAACAAAAGACAGGAGAGUGUAAAACACAGCAGCAACGCCGUCUCCACGUUUAAAGUGGAGAUGAGCCACGCACAAGUCUGCGAGUCCAAAAAGGCGGUGUAUUUCGGACUGAACCAGUCUCAUCCGGCAGCAUCCUCCAGGAACUACAAUUACCCUCCAUUGCAGGUCCCAUCCAUGGGGCUCAUGAUGGUGUCCCCCUAUGAAUCCCCUUUGCCCUCACCGGUUCACAACCCUGCGUCAAGUAGCACCUGCUCCUCCCUCUCACCUGCAUCCACCAGUCCUGUCAACAUCAGCUCAGAAGACAGUCAAAUGUCAAAGUCAGCAACCCCUCACUCCUUUUAUCAUCAGUCCCAAGCCAAAACACAGUUACCCUCCGACCACAUGAGCUGUCACCCUCACCAGUUUCACUCAGACCCCCCACGAAACCUUCCUUAUGCACAGGACAGAGCCAAAGACAACAUGAUGAGCUACCUACAGAACAGUGCACAUCCGAAGACCCCCAUGGACGGGAACAAGGGUUACAUGGACAGUUUUGGGGUAGAGCAUCACCAGCCUCCACCUCCGUACUCUGCACACCAGCUGUUAGCAACCUCAUUAGCCGCAGCGAAUCUUGACCAGCUGGAUGUGCUCCUAACGUGCAAGCAGUGCGAUCAGAACUUCAACAACCUGGCGUCAUUUCUCGGCCAUAAGCAAUACUGCGCUCAUCAUACGUUUGCACAAAACGACCUGAAAGACAUAUCGAAGAUGGAGGACGGCAGGAAGUUUCACGUGGAAACAACAAAAGCUGUGUCGUCUAUGUCGAAUGUUUCCAUGUCCAGGUGCCCGUCUGACCUCCACCUGUCUCUGCUGGGCCUGAAUAAAAACGGCGAGCUGAUAUCUGAGAGUGAAACGAAAGGAGAAACGAAGGAUGAUCCGAUGAAACUAAAUUUGUUCCCCGGUCCUGGUAACCUGCCUGCCCCCCUCCCUGAGCUGGAAAUGGAGGACGCCAAAUUGGACAGUCUAAUCACAGAAGCCCUGAAUGGAUACCAGUCAGACAACGCCGAGAUUGACAGCAGCUUCAUCGACGCGUUUGUUGAUGACGAGCUCACCACCGUUAAAGCGACAUCAAACAAACAGUGUCUGAAAACGAAGGAAUCCCUAGUCUAUGAGAGCAAAAAUAAACAGACAGCAGCAGAUGACGCCAGGUCUUUCACGCAAGGAAAGUAUUUCUCUGACUCUGAUGCUGAGAGCACCGAGACGGAUAAACACUACACCGAAAGCAAACUUGAGAAAAUAACUCUGAAUUUAGAAAAAGACGAGAAAAUCAACAUCAAAAAGGAAGUCUCUCAUAAAAAUUCAAGAGCCGCCUCGAGGGAGAAGAUGAGGGAACAAGACAGCAAAGUGAAAGAGGCAAGGAAACUGUGCAAGGGUGAGGAAGAGAACACGAGUACACAAAGGUUUCUCUUAUCCAGCAAGUUUUCUGAGCGCUGCGGCGUCAAAAGCAUUCAGGAAAGCUCUGCUCUGCGAGGGUCAACAACCUCGCAGCCCUCCACAUCUCCAACCUCAAGAACUGCAGUGAAGGAGAGCAAGAGGAAAAGCUCUGGAGGGGGCACCUGGAGCAAAGAACUUAUUCACAAAAUAGUUCAGCAGAAAAAUAAGCUCCAUAAGCUUCAUGUGAAAGGUACCAAAAACCUCCAGUUUUCCUUAGUGAUGGAGAGACUGACUCCCACUGUGCAGAACCCGGCGUUCGGAGAGUACGACUACGUCUCAGACACGGAUGAUGAAUGUGAGCCUGUGAAGAUAGCAAGCCAAGGGCGAUUGAAUCAAAGCAGCCGGUGUAAAUACACGUACACUAAAGAGUGCAAAUGGCGAGCGAGGAGUGAGAGGGACCAGGCGGCGUGGAGACACGAGUCUAAAGAGUGUUUUGAAGUGAAAAAGAGUGAGGAGGUUUCUCUCUCGCCUGAGAAACACGGUUCCCACCAGAGACUCAGGAGGAGGGGUAGCAGGUCAUCCACAAGCAGCGAACUCAGCACAUCUGUGAGCGUUUCAAGCGAUUGUAUCAACAGCCCCAAAAGCACUGACCGCACUGACUCAGACUGUGAGAAGAAGACAGACUUCAAAAAGAAAGAGUCUCCAGAGCAGAAAACCUAUGAAAGAUCCUCCCCACAGAAGUCAUCCAAAGAGUCCAGCACACUUGCACUGACCCUCACUAAAUCUGUCAGGAAGUACCAUUGUGACAAAGCGAGUUCAUGUGAAAGCAAAGAGAGCGCAGACCCUCCCAAGAAGUACCAUUUAAACCCAGAGUGCGCUGAUCGAGCGUCAUCCCCGCAGAAAGCAAAAGAGACUGUCAAAAACCUGGAAAAGAGCAGCAAAACGAAACCGAGGGAGAAGCUGGAGUCGAGCAGGAAAGAAGCGGGCGCGAGAAUCGGCUCAGAUAAAGACACAACACAGCGGACACACAGUCUGAGCCCUAAAGUCGAGCAUUCUGAGUGCAGAGGCUCCGAUAAAAAGUCGUUACAGCUGGAUUCAAACACUCCCAACAUCAACAGAGAAAGUGAAUUCGACUCUGAAAGAAAGACGAGGGCAAAAAGGGGAGAGGCUGCAGAGUCCGAACUAUCUCGCGCUACAUUUGGAAAACCGAGCGACAGCGUGUGUGAAGUGAAAGAGGGAAUCAACUCCGUCAACAAGCUGGAGACACACAAGCCCGCAGCUCUCUGCGCCUCUUUGAUGGAUGACGUUUGCCUAUCUCCAACUGAAGGCCAAGGCCCGCUGAUUCAGAAGGAUACACUCCACCUCAUGCCCUACCCCAUGGAUCAGGAACAGGGGCUGAUGAAAUCCCCACUUUCUUUUGACACAUCCUCAAUGUUCGGGGACCUCACAGGAUUCGACAGCGGCCUCUAUUCAGAUAUGCCCAUUCAGAAAGAAAGUUUCCAUUCGAUGGAGAGCGCCGAUAAAAAGGAGGAGUUUGUGUCAUCGUUCUCCCCCUUUCUGGAACAAAGAGACUGGAGCCUCAUCGUGAGCCCUGUGCUACCAGAUGAGAUAUCUCAGUACAAAAGCAACUCUGAGAAAUCAAAUGAAAAGAAAGCAGAUUACAAUCACGUUCCUUUGUCUCUGCCAGAAAAAAUAAUUGACUAUGGUGCAAAUCUCAACAGCUGUGCCUCCGAGGAUGAGCUGGAGAUAAAAAGAAUAGUGAACGAGCUUGAAAACCAGCUGCAGACAACCAAGCUGGAGAGCCCACCGAUGCUAGCACAGGAUGUCCCCAAGCAGCUCCAGAUGAGCAAGUUUUCACCUUUACGACUCGACGAUGAGUCAGGGAGCGAUAGCACCGGGCUGGAGAUGAGGUGCCCUGUGCAAACAAUAGGUGUGCAAGUGACCAGUCUGCCCUCGGAGCCUUUUACUGAACCGUGGGCCAGCCCAUUCCAGUUCGAGCUAAUGGGCGGACACAACAGUCCCCACAAUUCAAUUCACAAUGAACCGGGGGCGCUCGAACAUUUCAGUGAAAAAGGACACGAUGCAACAAAUAUGAUCGCAACAGCCUCACAAAGUGUUCAUCAACAUCUCAGACGUGACCAGAAACCCGAGGAGCGAAAAGCUGAAAAAAAGAGCGACGGAGAAACAAAGGAGGAAAUCUUAGAGCAGAAGAGAUACACAGAAAACCUCAUGAAAAGCCUGGAGGUGAUUUCAGACUCUAUAUUCAAAAAAGAACCCAUUAUAUCAGAAGACAAGGAGCCGAAUGUCACCUCUCUCACAAGUCAACAACAUCAAGAAAUUGAAUGUCAGGAAACUGAUGCAGUUGAGGGAGAAGAGGGCAGUGAAAAGGAAGCAAUUACUGGGAAGGAGAAUACAUUAUCACCUCCAAAUAUCAAUGAGCGGAAGGAUGAUAUUAAAUUCAUUCUGAAUGAGUCACAGCCGUCUCUCUCCAACAGCACUGACCCCACAGUCGAUGGAGACCAGCCAAUUUCAUCACAGCCAGUGGGGCCCACAGAAAACAAUAAAAGCCAAGAAGAGACUCAAGUCCCAUCAGAGGGGGAUAUCGUCGAAAAUAGGACUUUAAUUGAGUCUGCUCAAUGCUUAAGUGUGCUGACGCUUGACCCUCAAGUGGCUGAGGGGUCUGGCGGGAACUGUAAUGUACCUGACAAAGUGAAACAGUUAUUCAAAAACAGAAAUGAGCAGUCGACCACGGAUGCCUACGAGGUCGCAGAGGCGGUGAAAGGGAUCACGGGUCAAUCUGUGAGCCGUGUUUUAUCACCAGCUUUUCCUGGCAUCAGUUUAGACUGCGACGAGAACAUCCAAAAACCUUCACUUGAUGAACGACUCGCUAACAAUCCUGAAGAUGGUUCAACAAGUGCUGGUGAAUCAAAGGUCGAGUGCUCGGACAGCGUUAUUGAGAAAAUAGCUGUUCAGACGUCAGAAAAUCAUCGCUCGAUGGAGCCGUCUCCCUCUAAAAGCUGCAGCCCUGCUAAGACUCAGAGUCCAACGACUGACAUGUCAGUGGAGAUAAUCACUUCAGACAAGCCGUGCAGUCCAAUCCUGGUGGAAACCAACACACAGAGCACCAGUCACUGCUUAGCUUUCCAAGAGACUUGCUCUGCAGAGGGACAAAAGAACCAGCCAGCUCUUUUACAGGCUGGUGACGUUAUUGACGGUGACUCCUGCAAGUUCACUCCGCUGAAUGACUCACUCAAAACUGGACCCGCUCUUCCCUUUGAGACCAUCCAGAAACAAGAAGAGCUUUUAAAUGUUCAGGAUAUUAAAGAACAUCUUCCUAUCGAUUUCAUGGCAAGUCACCAAAACUCCCCGUGCAGAGAGGAGGUCGACGAGAGCGGCUGUGUUUUUGUUCACACUGCACCACCAGCCAGUCCUCUUUUAUCAACUUCUGAUCAGAAAACCAUGCAGAAGUGGUUCAUAGAGGUGGAUUCAUGCCACUCACAAAGCAAUAUUGAUAAUAUGUCCAUCAACCAAGACUCGGCUGAAAAUAUGAAAUCCCCAUCCAGCAAAGACGGUGACAAAGAGGGGCCGAACAGUGAUGAACAGUUAAACACGACAGCUGAGAUGGAGUAUUCUUUGAUAAGCCCACCUCCCCUGGAUAUGGGGAUCACAGAGUGUAAAAUCCAAAGCUCUGAAGCCCCCAUUACCUCCCCACUGCCGGCGACCAGAUCAGCAGAACCGCCCGGUGUGUCAGACGAGCUUGAGAAGAGCGGCCUCAUUUAUGAUUUUAAGCUCAGCCCCCUCAACUACAGCAGCAUCACAGAGGAGCCUCCACCUCUGAAUCAAUACAACUACAUCACCAUUUCACCGGCCAGUAAACUCGAGGAGAACCCAGACAUCAAACAGAGUCCCAGGGAUGACUGCAAACCAUGUGACCUGAGCGUCGACCCCGCACUGAUUUUUAACAAAAGUGAGGCAGACGCAGAUACAGCUGCUGCAUCGCUGAGCUCAGACCCUGCUGCUAAACUGACGUUAUCAGAUGAACCACUGGUCCUCCAGCAGAGUUUGAAGUUCACCUGCUUCUCUUUGGACCUCACACCUGAAAUCAAAAUCAAAGACGCCUCACCCGGAUCUGCGCUCGUCCUCCCCGAGCACCUGUACGCUCACGCUGACAUGCUGAAAAAGGUCGAGGCAGAGACUUUGGAUUCGCUCGUGGCUUCUGCCGAGGACAGUUCACUCAUGAGGAAAGAUAUUUCAGAUGGUCCGCCCACUCCUCAGCCACUCAUCAGCUGUGAAAAUGAACAAAUGCCUCCAGCAACAGAGCCCCCAAUAAUAGAGAGUGGCCAGUGUUCAACAACUCAUCAAGUAUCCAAAGACACAACACACAAGAAGACACAGAACAACACUCAACAGGGGAAAGUGCUGUGUGAAAUCUGCCUCAUGUGUUUCAGGACGGUGCCGGGGUUAAAGAGACAUAAGGCCAUGAAACAUUUGGUGAAGACUGAAAAACACAUCGGUCCGCAGAGCACAACAUCGAGCCGCCAAGGGACUAUGCUUAUUUAUGACGCAUUGCAAACUACAGAGAAAGGACAUAAAGAUGAUACACAGACCUGCUGCCCAACAAAAAUAGAUGGGCUGCCUGAGACAACAAGCGCUUCCAUAUCUAAAUCAGCAGAGUCUGAGUCAGUCCUGGAGGAAAUGACAUCUGAGACGAGCGCGGUGGCCGCGGAUGAAACGGGUCAUUCAAACCCUCCGCUGUCAACCAAAGCGAAGAAGAACAACAAGGCGACGAGGAAGAGCAAAAAAAGCGAGGCAAACAUGAAGCCGGAGCCUUUCUCUGAUGAGCUUUUGAAUAUAUUAAAAACAGACAUCCUUCAAGCUAUAACUCCUGAAUUCAAAAGCAACGGACUGUCAGAGUCACAUAAAUCUGCUGAAGGAGAGGUGGAAAUCAGCGACGGAGCUGGAGCGGAGACAUUCCCUCAUCACAUGUCUUUGAACUGUAGCUCGGACAAGACGCCACAGUCUCCAAAAGGAGGACUUCGUGGACUUAAUGAAGCCGUGGAGCUUAAUGACACACAGGAAAGAGAAUCUGCAAGCAUAACAGAGAUGGCUAAUGGGGGAGUGAAUGCAGAUAAAAUAGUGGAACAUGCUAUAUCUGCAGACGGGGAUGCAAUCAGAGAAUGUGAUGAGUCCAGAUUGGCUCUGCGCCCCGUGGAAGAAACGCGUGAGCAGACCAGAUCAGAAGAGAACCUUGCCCAAGAGAUUCUCAGCAAAGUGACAGUCGAGAUAAAAUGUGAGAAUAACAGCGGCCCUUCAGACGAGGCGCAUCCUCGCUCCUGUUUGAAUCCUUCGCCUCUCAGUCCUCCCAGCUUGAGCCCCGAUCUGAAGGCCCUGCUCGACGAUGACACCACUUUCUCGCAGCUGUUCCCCCGGGACGAGGAGGCGAAGAGGAAGAAGUGCCCGAGGGUGUACGGCAAAAAAAACAAAAAGCUAAAGCUAUCUCCUGAUUCGAUUGUGACUCCAAACUAUCCUCCUUCGGAAACUUUCAUGCAAGAUAAAGAUGAACUCAUGGGAAACCAAGUCAAACCAGCGUUCCCUGACGGUCAGACGAAGAGCUGCGAUUAUCAGGAAACACCCCCAGAUGACGCUGUCGUGUUGAACGUGUGUCACAACAACAACACAGUGAAUCCCCAAGACAAGCCAUUAUCUGAUACUCAACAAAGUGAUCAGCAGGAUGUCUGUGAGAAUACUAAAGAGUUUGGGGACGGCUUCUUGAACCCUCUCGAGAGCACCAUCGAUAAAUCUUCCAUCGAGUGGAGCGGCUCCGGUGACUUCAGUAGCUUUGAUGCAGCCUCAGCAGUGACCUCCAGUUCCAGCACCUGUAACCCGGAGCUGCCACCUGCUGCCUGCCCUCUGCCCCUGCCCUCCGCCGCUUACGCUACAGAGCCGUGUGUCACAGAAAAUAUCCAAAGCUUUAACAGCAUUGAUAUCCAAAACAUCAACACGACAUUUCAGCUCCCUGAGAUCCAGUUCUUUGACCAUAACAAAGACAUCGCAGUGGCUCCACCUGGUGCGAACGUGGACAUGGAGAACAGAGAAGAAGAAAAAUCAAACAAAGAGACGGAGCGGCAAGGCAAGAAACGGCAAGACGGGAGAAUGAAAGUGAAAGAUAAGCAGUACAAGUGCAAAGUCUGCUUCACUUGGUUCCUCACUCUAGGCGAGCUCAACUUUCACAAACUCUCCCACAACCCCUCGCCACCUCCAACCUGCUACAUGUGCGUCCAGCGGAAGUUCAGCUCCAGAGAGCAACUGAGAGACCAUCUGAGAGAGAAACACGCCAAGAAUAAGACGGGUAUCUGGACCUGUGGAAUGUGUUUGAAGGAGAUAUCGGAUGUGUGGAUGUACAACGAACAUUUGCGCGAGCACGCCACUCAAUUUGCACGUAGAGGUCAGACUCAAGGCUCCAUGUUAGGCAUCUCAGGCUGCUUCAUGCAGGAGACAGCCGUGAAGAACUUCAUCACCUCGAUCAUGCAGCAGCGCCCCAGCAAAGCCAACAGAGAGUCCAGCAAAGCCAGUAAAGAGCAGGAGAAAGCCGACGGCUCUGUGGGAGAAGGAAAAACCUCUGAGGGGGCUGAGCCAAAAGUUCACAAAACUAAAAGUAGCAGUGGAACAGGCGGGAAGCAGAGCACAUUAACCCCGCUAGAGGUGCUUCACAAAACAGAGGCACCGAAAAGUGUUGAAAUGCAUCCAAACUGCAAAGACCCCUCCAGAGACUGCCACCACUGCGGAAAGCAAUUCCCCAAACCCUUUAAACUCCAGAGACAUUUAGUGGUUCACAACUUGGAAAAGAUUUUCCUGUGUCACAAAUGCCCCGUCUCUUAUCAGGAGGCUCAGGAGCUGAAAAGCCAUUUAAAGAGAGCACACGAGGAGGUGGAUGAGCUGGAUUCAAAACACACCACCCUCUACACCUGUGAGCUCUGUGCCGACGUCAUGCAUGUGAUUAAGAAGUCCUUCAUCUGCAGCACCUGUAACUACACCUUCUCCAAGAAAGAGCAGUUCGAUCGCCACAUGGAGAAGCACCUGUCGGGCGGGAACAAAAUAUUCAAAUUCCGAGGCGUACUCAGGCCUGUCAGAGCAUCUGCGUCCAAAGACGAUGAAUGUGAUUCACCAGCGAGUAAAAAGAGGAGAAUCAACUCUGACAGUCUGCAGGAAAACAGUUCAGACAGCGGCAUCGCCAGCGUGAGCUCUCUGCACUCGAGUCAAAACUCUGAAACACAGUCUUCAAAACUCCCCGCUGUGUCCACAGCCGAUGACUCCACACAGACCAUCGCCAACGAUUACCACAGUGACACCAACAGUCCGAACGUGAAAACCGAGGACCUCGCCGAGGACUACUCUGAACUGCUUGUAGAGCUGGAGAAAUGUAUCCACAACGGCUCUUCAGAGUCUGCUUCACCAAAGAAAGAGGAGAUUGACCCGAGCACCUCAUCUAUUCAGGAUGACGAGAGUAACGGAAAAUCAAUCGCUGAACCAUGUGAUGUGAAAGAGGAGGAUGAAUCAGUCUGCAUUAGAGCAGAAACCGCGUCAUGGUCAGUGUCAAGAAGGGAGACAAAGGAGAGUGGUUGUGCAGGGGAGGAGGAGGAAGUCGAAGCUAAGGAAGGCCCUGAUGAAGGUAACACAGCUGAGACGGAAAAAACAGAUCCACUUCCAAACAGUGAGGAUGUUUUCAGCUUACGAGACAAUCAGAUCGUUUCACAAUCAACACUCGAGUCAGCAAAGAGCGAAAUAGUGAAUAAUGUGAUGGAGCAGCAGAGGGAUGAGGAGCACCACACAUCGGGGGCUUCAAACCACGACAGCAAACAGCUGACUGUAUCUCAAGGUGCUGAGCAGGAAUGUAGCAGUCACACAAACGACAAAGUCACCUCAGCCAAAGCGAACGACAACACUAAAAACUGCUCCACAACGAGCAGCGCGAGAGCUCCGGAAUCAGCUCUCAUCCUCCCUCCCAAGGGUUCCCCCAACGCUUCAAACGAGGACAAAGAGCCUGUGAGACCACAGAAGAAGAGGAAAGACAUCAAGUCCCCUCACAGUCUGCAGAGGGUUUCCUCUCCAGCAACACAAGAGAACUUCGGUGUUGAUUCGAGAGCCAAGAAGAAAUUUCGCCCCAGCAAGUGUGCAAACGCCUCCUUACAAAGAAAGUCGGACGGACCCAACGACUACCCUGUGCUGUCCUCGGUGCGGGAUGAUGUUGUCAGCAAUAAAAUCCUCUCCAAGUGCAAGACUUCAAACCUGGGCCUGCAGUCGAAAAGAGGCCUGCUCGAUGGAUGUAAGAAAGCUGACAUUGUGUCUCCUCUAAACGGGGACUACAAAGCCAAGAAGGGACCUCAGGGGCGGCCUUUGCAUCCCCCUAUUUCGAAAGUGACUUCAGUUUCAAUGAACAACUCUUUAAACAAAUCCAGGCCAAAAAUGGGGGUUAGGUCGAUGGAGAGCCAUUCCUAUCGGACAGCAGAGUCCCAGAACCACCUCCUAAGCCAGCUGUUUGGCCAAAAACUCACAAGCUUUAAGAUUCCUCUGAGGAAAGACACGUCAGAAUCGAUAAACUGA